GUCGGCGAGGAGCCGAUGCUUAUUCUAGUAGCCGGAGCGCGCCCUGCGAGGGAGUCUCUGGUUCCUUCGAAGCGCCGCGCAGGAGGCGCCCGGAGACUUCCUCUGCCGGAUCUCCUCCGCGUAGCAGCCCAGCGGGGGCGGGACGGGAGGUUAGGGACGCUUCCUCGACGGGAAGGAACCUGGAGAGAGAGAGAGAGAGAGAGAGAGAGAGAGAGAAGGUGGGGCGAUGGCUUCGCCGGCCAGGCGACGCAGCAGCGGGAGCAGCAGCCGCAUUUGCCUGCCUGGCGCCUGAAGGGCUCGCAGCUUAGACGGGCGAAGGCGGCGCGGAGAAACAUUGCGCUCCCGGGAGGGGAGGGAAAGAUGAGCUGAGACGCUGCCCGGAGGAGCUAUCCCGGGACGGGACGUUCCCCUGACCCCCACCCCCCAGCCUGCAGCCUGCAGCCUGGCGGCGACGUUCCUCCGUCCGAUGUGCAAAGAGAAGCAGGAGAUCAUGAUACUAACACGUAAGCUUCCGCCGUCUGUUCGCGGGUGAGACGGGACGGGCUCGGGGAGCGCGCAGGAGACGCGCUCCUUUCGGCUUAUACUGUCUUCUGAGGGCGUCCUCGGCUUGUCUGCCCAAAGGGGGCGGGCUCACUCCGGAUCCCAGAACCUCGACGGCGAGGCCGAAAGCACUCUGCACGCGCUCAGUGGAGGUGCUCCCCUCCGUCUGUUGCUUCGCGUGUUCCAGGGCGGCGAGCUGGGGAACAGGCGGGGAGCUGAAAUGAAGGAGGAUUAAGACGGAACGAUUUUGCUGGCGCGCUUGCCUGAGAAGUAAAUUCUCUUGCGGAGGCACCACUUCGAGGGUUGCGUAAGCUCCUCGGCUAAUGGGGCUUCGGCCGUGCUUCUCUUGCGGAGAGGGCGGGAAAUUGACUUCAGAGGUGCAUGGAAAGGCAAGCUUUGCUUUGGAGACGGUUGUACAGAGAUGCUCGCCUAGGUGCGAUUUAAACACACACACAUGCACAUAUUUUGGCUGCGAACAACUCGCAGUCUCUAGCUUGCGGCAGAUUCCCCAUCAGCAAAGGAAGAUGUUUCUUUUUUGCGAUCAGUUGAUAAGAUCGACGUGGCUCGGCUCCUGCUUUUGUUAUGCUGAGGGAGGGGGGGGUCUCGAGCAAGAGGCGAAAGGGCAAGAGAGCGGAGCAAGAGACCCUUAUCUUUGCACGUAGGCGAGCUCUUUGCGAGCCGUCGGGGAAUCUUCUCCCCCGUCAGAAAUGUAGGGCAUCUGCCUUUCCCUCCGAUCUGGUUUCUUUCAUGUUCGUCGUUUCCCUCCUGCUCAAUCUCCAACUUCCUUGCCUGACAUAAAGUGCUUUUGUCUUCCGCAUUUCCUCUCAGUAGCGAAUUCACAUGGUAUAUAAAGGGACUGCUUCAUUCCAUUCCCAUUUUACAACAUAUUUUCAUUCUUCCAUGAACUUUCCCUCCCCCAAUAUUCACUGUAAUUUCACUUAAUUACCGUCCCAGUUGGAAGACGAUUGUCACCAGUGGCACACCAAUCUGCUAUUGGGGUAAUUGUAUUCAGUUUCCCAAUUUAGCAGCAUUAACAUGGGAGUGAGUCUCAUUUAAGUGUGUAUUCAAGGUUGCAGCCGAAGGCUCCUAGGGAAACAGGAAAAGCAGAAAAUCCUUGAAUUGUUGAAGCCAUGUGGCAGCCUUUCCUUGAAAUGUGUUUUCAAUUAGUUGAGUCGCUGCCCCCCACCCAGCCCUAGUUCCAAGCCAAAUGCUGUAAGAUGCAAUGCCUCACUUCGUGAGCAGCUUGUGUACAUAGGUAUGCCUUAAAGGGAGCAGCAGAUGAAAGGGUUAAGUUGGAUGUGUGUUUUGAAGUGGCGAAGAGAAGAGGAAGCUUGAAUUCCCUUUUGAAGUUCUUCAAUAAUUAGUGUGGUGGCUCCUAGGAGCCAGAUGCCCUCCCCUUUGAGCCCUGGUGCCCAGCCUCAUGAUGUCAUCGGACAGCCUUUGAUCCUUUUUAAGGAGCAACACCCCCUGCCAGUUGUCAACAAUGCCUUGUAUUUCUAGCACAAACAGAAAACAAAUUCUUUUUGUUGUCUGGCUACCUUAGGUACCACCCUCCCUGUCUCUCUUUUUCUCUCUUCACAAAAACUUGCCAAUGGCAUGCUUGUAGCAUCAUUGUGAACCAAAUGUUUCCAUUAAGCUAAUGGAGACUGUGCCUAAAUGGCCAUAAAUUGGGUGUGACACAUUUAAGUUAAUUCUCUCUAACAUGUGGGUAUUGCUCCUUUCUUUUUUUAGUAGUAGUCAUCCAUAGGUUGCUGUUGGCACAGUGGUACCUCGGGUUACAUACGCUUCAGGUUACAGACUCUGCUAACCCAGAAAUAGUACCUUGGGUUAAGAACUUUGCUUCAGGAUGAGAACAGAAAUCGUGCUCUGGCAGCACAGCGGCAGCGGGAGGCCCCAUUAGCUAAAGUGGUGCUUCAGGUUAAGAACAGUUUCAGGUUAAGUACAGACCUCCGGAACAAAUUAAGUAUUUAACCUGAGGUACCACUGUAUUGUCAUCCUUGAUCUUUGCUUUCAAAAUGUACUGAAUACUUAAAUGUCUCUGGUUAAAUGGGUAUACGAAAAUGAGGGCUGAAUUCCUGUGUUGCACUUAUUUGGGAAGAAGUCUAUUGAACAUUGUGGGACUUACUUCUGAGCAAGCAUGCAUAGAUCAGCACUGCCUAAUUAAUAGCAUACCAAGAGCAAGAGCUUAGUUCUUUUAGCAUCCAGUUUUAAGGCGGUUUGGGAUGGGAGUGGUCUUUUACCUAGAGAAUGAACAAGAAUGAACAUCUCCUACUCUCCAAUGUGCACAUGCCCACAAUUCAGCAUCUUUCACCUUUGCUGGGUAAGGAGGGCACAACUGAACAGAGGAAACUGAGCCAGACCAUUGCUCCAUCUCCUCUAGUAUUGCUCCCCUGGCUCUCAGUAGAUUUCCAAGGUCUUGAGUGGAAUCUUUCCCAAGUCCAGAUUUCUGAGAUUCUUCUGGAAAUGCUUGGGGUUGCACUUGGCAUGUUUAUGCAGGCAAAGCAUCUACUCUGCAGCAACCUUUCACAACCUGGUGUCCUCCAGAUGUUUUUUGGACUACAACUCACAUCGUGUCUGACCACUGGCACGGCUGGCUGCAGCUGAUAGUUGUAGUCCAACAACAUCUGUGCAAGGCUGCUCAACAGCUUAGCUUCAGUUGUCCUCCAAACACUUUCUAAGCUAUGGGUCCCUGGCAUUAAUAUUAUUAUCAUUAUCAUUAUAAUUUAUUAAAUUUGUAUGCUGCCCUUCAUCUGAAGAUCACAGGGUGGUUCGCAACAGAAAAAUACAAAAUAAAAAUAAAACAAAUCAAUAACUCUCUUCCCAGAGAUAUUGGGCACUUGAACCCAUAAUCACAAAGAUGCAACUCUGCAGAGACUGUAUAACAGAUACUACAAAGCUAUCUGUUUGAGUUUCUAAGAUCUGCAUUGGCUAUCAAAGGUGUGCAACAGAGUUCAUCCUUUUUUGGCCUGGGGGAAAUGGUGUCUGUUUCCACCCACCCCCUCCCCGUGACUGAUUUGCAUUAACUUGCCAGCUCAGUAGCUCAGGAAGAUGCUGGGCAGACAAGUCCCAAGAAAUGCAUCCCUCAUCAUUAGGGAGUUUGAUCCAAUAUGAUGGAUGCAUCUUCACUUCUAUUAGCACUCAUGAUUUGGUUACUCAGCUAAAAAGUGCCCAUCCCCUCACACAUGUACAUGAACACAACUCAAAACCUGCUUUUGAAUCUCCCUUCCAAAUUAGGCUCAGAAGCUGCUUAAAGGGGGGAAAGCUAUCACUGAUGUCCCCCCCCCUUUAUUUCUCCUUUGAAAGUCUCUCUCGUCUAAUUCUUCAAAUGGAUGUUUGAACUGGCAUAAUUUAAAGAACAAUUUGGAAAAGGAAAAGGGAGCUGUAGAGAAGUGUGCAUGGUAAGUACCCCUCUAAAUCCCAGGCUUUGCCUGCUCUCUGCAGUUCACUUCCUCUGGAGCCUGGUGUGACUUGGAGUGCCUUCAGCUUUGCCUGGUUUGCUAGCUAUAGCCUGGUGAUUGGAGUCCAUGUGCUUCUAACCUUGAGGCUGGAUUACUACAAUUGUCCUCUGCAUGGGGCUGCCCUUGGGCCUGGUUUGGCAGCCCCAGCUGGUGCAGAAUACAGCAGGCAGACUGCCGUUUGGGGAACAUGGCCAACGACAUGGCUUGUUAAAGCAUCUGCACCCAUCCACUACUGAUCCAAGCUCGAGAUAUUUGUCUUGAUUUGCAAAGCCCUGAACAGCUUAACUGAACCCCUAUAUCCUAGUUCAGUCACUUGAGAUCAUCUGCAAGUGUGUCAUUGCUAGUCCCCUGAGUUAGCAAGGCUCACUUGACAUCAGCACAAAAUGGAGCCUUUAGUGUCAUCAGCCCCGUCCUGUGGGAUGUUCCACCAAGAGAGAUUCAGCAGGCAGCCUUGAUUUCAACUUUUCAAUGCCUGCUGAAAACUUUUCUAUAUCUCCAGGCUUAUACUGGAAGUUAAGAAUACAUCCUUCCAUAGUGGUUAGCUGACGGUCUCUGAUUCUAAUUUUUAUGCGUUUGUACUGGAUGUAGAUAUUAUUGUAAACCACUUUAAUAUUUUUAUGAUAUAGUGGUAUACAGUUGACUCCCAACUUAUGCAGCGGUUGCAUUCCGGGGAUAGUGCAUAAAGCCAAAAUCUUGCACAGUCAACACACACUCUCCCUGCAUCUCCAAAUUCUCUCCCAAGGCAACUGCUGUGACUGGUGGAAUUGCUAGCUUCCCCCCCCACACACACACACCCAGGAUGCCUGCCCCACAUUUUGUUGCUAAGUUUUUCAGCCAAGCACAGGAAGCUGAAUUUGCACAAGUUAAGCGCACAUAAUUUGUGAGUCGACUGUAGAAAUGAUUUUAUAAAUAAAAUAACUGUUGGACUGUAAUGGCCACCAUCUUGGGACUGUUGCAAUGCUGGCUCAGAUGGAUGGGAUUGUAGCCCAAACCAGGUUGUAAAAGGCUGCUCUAAAGCAGGGGUAAACAUCAUGGCCAGAGCUCAGGGAUGAUGCCCACUGUAAUCCAACAUCUGGAGCUCUCCAGGUGUUGCUGCCCCACAGUAAAUAAAUAGAAGUGUCCUGAAACAUUCAGGUUGUGUCGAUUAUAAUGGAACCAGACUGCGGUGGCCCCAGGCAGACCAAAGAGGUCCCGAGAUAAAUGACCUUGUCCGGCUAACAUUCUGCUUCCUGCUCCCCGAAGAUGAAAUUUCAGCCAAUCAAGCAGAAUGUUUUGCCUGUGAGCAGCACGCCCCAGGUUUUGACUUACGCCUUAUCUAGCAAUACGAGCGGGUUUGCUUUCCUUUUUCUCCCCCCAAGCGCAGAUUUUGUGGUUUUUGAGGUAUUGUAACUUUAUCACGGUCAUCAGUUAAAAGAAUUAUUUUCUGUCUUGAGCAACUGGGAGCUGCUGGGUGUCUCAGCUGGAUCAAGGAAUUCCCAACAGUGCGGAUAUUGUGUCUCUGGUUACACUUGCAAUGCAAUUUGUAAUGAACGAGAAAUAAGGUAUUAGCCAAGCAGAUUGAGUGCUUUUUCUUAAAGUGUCACCAGAGCUUGAUUAGGUCAGCAUCUCUCUGGCCAGUAAGCCACCAAUAGGCUUCAUGUUGCCUCUUGUUUUCAUUUGCUGAGCUUGGUAUAUACUAUGUUACCUUUCUGUUUGGAGCAGAUGGUGGGAAUAUCUUUGAACCCCCGUCUGAACCUUUUUCAAACAGCAGAAAGUUCAGUGGCUGAUUGUCAGCCCUGGAAAUAAGAUCACAAAGGUUACUUGCCCCAAUGCGCCUAUGCUGGUCCUUUCUGGCCUAAUAGUUUGGGUUGGGGCAAGAACCAGGGGGUCCUUAGUUGCCGCAGAAGACUAGGAGACACGCCUAAUGAUUGCAUGGAAUAUAUUGUCCCUUUCAAAUGAUAAAAGAUUUUCCUAAAGUUAUUGCUGGUGGCUAUGGUCUUUUGUUCCAGGCUUUUACUUGAAAUGUACAUGAUGGAAGGUAUAUGGAUUGGUGCUGCUUUGGGCCUGAGUAUUUAAUAGCUCAGAGCACUUGGCUCUCUUGUAUCAGUUGCUUUUGACAGACCUAUUCAGUGUUACAAGAUUCAGGCAAACCUAUAUUAUCAAAACCAGUUUGAAGUCCAUAUUGUGAUAUUGGUUUCAUUGUUUUUGACCUGGCAGUAUAUCGUGGUUCAUGGUGUGUGUUAGGGCUGGGCAAUAUAUCAUCCAAAACUGGUUCCAAGCCCAUAUCAUGAUACUGGUUUUGUAAUUUUUGAUCUAGCAAUAUAUUGUGAAUCAUGGUGUGUGUGUGUGUGUACGUGCGUGCAUGUGCACGCACGCACGCACGCACGCACUAUGCAAAAUCACAAUGUGGGAAACCCAUUAAGCCAGCCAAUGCCUCUACGUAGCUCCAUCCUUAUUUCAGACAUUGUGAUAUAUCCAUAUAUCAUGAGUUCAUUAAAUCCCUUGUUAAAAACAGGUCAGACAAUACUGGCUAGAUGGAAAUGGUUGGACUGAUCCUGUUUAAAGAUGUUUCAUGUGUUCCUGCAUCAGUUUGUACGUGUGAUGCUCAUCCUUCACACACAAAGGAGUGUCAUAUUCAAUGUGCAUGGGUUGUUUUUUAAGUGCCAUGCAACAUAGGAUCUUUUGAGCCUCAUCGGCCCUAGUGUGAAGCAGUAUGGCAGACUGUAGCUCUGAGAUGGGAAAGCUCUCUGGAUACUGCCGUGCUACGAUUCCUACUUUCCCUGACCAUUGGUCAUGCUAUCUGUAGCUGAAUCAAGAACAACAAUAUCCAGGUGGCCACAGGUUCCCCCUCCCUGUUGUACCUGGAUUUAUUGCGGGAGGGGGGGCAACAGAAAUUGAACCAUGUAGACUUCUGCCCAGGACUUCAGCAGGAGACAACUGCAGUUUGUCGCCUGUUCAGGGGGAUGGGAAGAAUGAAGGCUUGUGUCAAACAGGAUGGUCCCAUAUUGUAAACAAAAGUUUCUCAUACUUCACUAGCAACAGGAAGAAGGAAAUGAGGCUAUGCGGCAGAACUGACAGGCUCCAGACAAUACCAGACCCACCCCAGCAUUUGAGCUCCAUUGCCAAAAGACCUAAAGACACAAAAAUAACUUCAGAUGUUUCCGCUUCCUUUUUAUGCUUAUUACAGAAGUAUAACCAAAUCCAAGGCAAUGUGUCUUGCACACAGUCUUCCCUAUAAAAUGACAUUGUUGUGAGGAAUGAUAAGAGGUCCAGAGCUAUUAGGACAAGGGCUCUGCUGCUUCCCUUGUGCACCCAAAACAUAGCUAGCAGAUAGUGAGAGAUCCAGAAAUUCCUUCCUUGCACGGAAGUAUGCAAAGCCAAGAACAUGCAUUUCUUAAAGUGCCAAUCAAGCCUCAGUAAAAGCCUCAAGGUUUCUUUUUAAGAGGAUUCAUCAGGGUACUGGACUUGGCCCCAGAAGUAAGAGGCUUAGAUUCCUGGUGGACUUUUUUGGGUAGCGUUGGAGCCAAGAUUUCUUUUGGCCUCUUGUUUCUUCUCUGUGUGAAAUGGAAUUCAAAGGGGCCUUGUUCGUUGCUUUCUUGUGUAGGUUGUCUGCUGCAAUGGAACACGGUCGGCUCUAAACUUUUCUAGAAGAAGCUAGCCCAAGACAUUUCGUGUUGGCUGCACUAAAUGGUGGUAACACACCACCACCCUCUGAAAUUGCAAGGGAGACCUUGAGCACACCUCAGAAAGUGUGUGCAGCUUGCAUCAACAUCCUUAUAAACAAUGGCAUUCCUAAACAAGUGUUUUUAUGCCAUUCUGCCAGCCUCUUUCAUCUGUAUGCUUAAUUUUUUUAAAAGGUAUUACCUUAGCUAGAGCUUUCAUAGUUUUCUGAACAUUUUAAAGCUUAGAAUCCAUGUAUUGACCAUGAGUAUUGAGGCAGCUAACUCCCAAUGAGAUAAGCCAUUCCAGUCAUGUUUCUUACCUUAUUCCUGUGCAACAAGGGUCAGGGUGGCUUUUAAAUAAUUCUGAGUGGUGAAGGAUGUCAAGAUGUCUUGUUUGCUUUUGAUUCUAUGGCUGAUAAAUAUCAAGGAAUGUGAAGGCUGAUGUUUUUCCUACAGCGAGACCGUGAAUUAGCCGGAUGGGUUAUGCUAUUUAGGCCAAGGCUACAAAUACAACUCUUGAUCUGUUCUUUAGUCCAGCAAAUACCAUCUUUCCAAUAAUAAUGUGCUUGGAAUAAGGGGUGGCUGUCUUCGGUAGGGUUUUCGCUUUAAAUAAAAGACGGAUAAGUUAAUAAAUAUACCCUAUAAUAGCAUGGAUUCAUGGGAAUCCAUUCUAUUCAUCACCCUGUACAAGAGAAUUCUGUUGCCACCCCCUAUACAGUCUUGCAUUCCAGUCCUUGGGGGUUCCACAGCCACAGCACACUAGAUCCUCAGAUUCCUAGUCUUUUAGGCAUGGCUGUUUGUAUUUUUUUUAAAAAAAAGAAUGGAUAUUCUGUGCCAAAGCAGUUCAAAUUCUGCAUCAAGAAAACUGAAUUCUGCAACCUGCAUAAAGUAUGCAAAUACUGUGGUGUUUCCUACUGCAUAAUUUAUUUAUGGUUUUCCUCUUAAUGGGAAUGUGCAAAUCCCAACACAUGGCACUGAGGCUUUGAUCAAGCCCUAGAAAUCUUACUCUCCGCCCCAACUGCCUUUGGAGAGUCUUCUGCCAGCAUCAGACAUGCAUUUUGAAGUAUAUAUUUGCAGCUGUAAAGACUUCAACGUUCUCACUGAGCUGAAUUCCAUGUGAUCAUUAUUCCAGGAUUGGUCUGAUAACAUUGUUCUGACUGAUACAGAGCAACAGGGUGAGGCACAUGGUGCCCUAGACCCAGUGUUAGAAACUCAAAUAAGUAAGCUAGGUGUCAAACGGCUCCUCAGACCAGGGUUACAUUUGCUAAAACAGAAUGUCUAGUCGCCGUUUGGGGUUAGACUGCUCGAAAAUCGUAUGUGACUUUUUGGUUCCUGAAAUUCGUUCUGAUUGUGCAGAUAAAAUAUGAGGCAUAGAAUUCUAAAGGAUGUGUUGUUAGUGUGUGAAAACAGGCAACAUCUAAGGAUCACCAGGCAUGCAUCUCCAGAUGGUGGAGACAUCAGGCGCCAUCCUGGCAUCCAGGUAUCUUCACUUGGUUGCAAGUGGCUGAUAGCCAAGUGCAAAAUGUGCUUGGUGCCUGGCGUAUUUCGAAUGCUGCCAUUCCCCUGCCAAGUCAAGGCACAUAGUAUCCUAGGCCAGUCAGGGGUUUUUGCUUGGGGGUUUUGGGCAGCUGAAGCAGAUAAUCGCAGAAGCACCUCUCCCCUUCCCUGGCAAGAAAAAGGCAAGAAAAAUAUAUCCUGCCUAAAAGUACAGUGGUACCUCAGGUUAAAUAGGCUUCAGGUUACAUACGCUUCAGGUUACAGACUCCGCUAACCCAGAAAUAGUGCUUCAGGUUAAGAACUUUGCUUCAGGAUGAGAACAGAAAUUGUGCUCCAGCAGUGUGGCAGCAGCGGGAGGCCUCAUUAGCUAAAGUGGUGCUUCAGGUUAAGAACAGUUUCAGGUUAAGAACGGACCUCCGGAACGAAUUAAGUACUUAACCUGAGGUACCACUGUAGUGCCAAUCCUGCACCAGUUUGAGCACCUUAUGUCUAUUUAUGCGUGCUCUUAGCUUUCAGGAGCUGUCCAGAUUCCCUGGAAUCAUUGCUUCUGACAUGCACAUGAGUUUAAAAGCUAUGAAGCUACCCUUGUACCCCUGAGAAAGUUAGGGGAGAAGUACCUCAGCACAGAAAGUAUCUGUGCCGGAAUUGGGUGUAUGAAUUGUACCAUAGCAUUAGGCCUCUGAUGUACUGGGAAACAUGCCAAUGUGAUGUGGAGAACAGGCUCUUACCCGAGCUUUCUUCCCUCUCACAUUGUCUUGCUGACUGAGAGGCCAACAGCUUGCGAUAUAUCUCAGAUCAUCAGUGCAUCUACUUGAAAGCCUUCUUGAUUCCAGUGAAAAGUAGGCCUGCGGCUAUGAUCAUGAUGGCCGCUCUGCUUUUGCUCUUGUAAUAAAUAAAUGCAGUGUUUGAUUCUUUGGGACUCGACCAAAUACCAUUCUCACUGAAGGGUCAUGAGUUUGUCUAUGAAGCUUGCCCACUGUCGCCUUCUCUCAGGCUUCCCCUGGCGUUGCUUGUUGAAGCUCAGCUGGCAGGACAAGAUCCUGCUUGGCUUAUGGUUAAUCUCUGUGUAUUUGUGGAUGCUGUGAGCUGGAGCACUUGGAGAAGGAAAUGGCUGUUCCUCCUAACUUGUAUUUUCUUGUCAUAAGUACAGAGCACUAGAGUCAGGGGCAAAACUAGGCUUUAUUUCACCUGGGUCAAAAGACCCAGUUUGGCACCUCCUUCACGCUCUUUUGUGUAUACACACACACACACAGGCUGGGAACCUCGAUGGGGCCUCUCUGGAGGCUUCACCCAGGGCAAAAAAAAAACAGCUAGCCCCCCCCACACACACCGAUAGCUACAACUCUGACUAGAAUAUUCUUAAUCAGGCAAGGAAGAGAGGCUGUAGAAAUAAGGCCAUCUGUACCCUUUAAUCAUAAUAUGAGAUAAAGUAUGCAUUUAACAAGAAUUCACCAUUGUAAAGUUGUUGUUGUUGUUUAUAUCCCACCCUAUACCCGGGGGUCUCAGGGCAGUUCAAAGAAUAAAAUCAAGAUAUAAAACUGCAAAAUACCUAAUAAAAAUAAAAACAACAACCCAAUAGGCCACCCCCCCAAAAAAAACCCACAUUUUAUAAGGACAUAGGAUGUAAAUCAGAUCAAGCAAAGGCCUGGUUAAAAAGGAACGUUUUUGCCUGGCAUCUAAAGGUGUACAAUGAAGGCGCCAGGUAAACUUCCCUGGGGAGAGCAUUCCACAGACGGGGAGCCACUGCAGAGAAGGCCCAUUCUCGUGUUGCCACCCUCCGGACCACUCAAGGAAGGAGACACACAAAGGAGGGCCUCAGAAGAUGAUCUCAGGGUCUGGGUAGGUUCAUGUGGAAAGAGGCGGUCCUUGAGGUAUUGCAGUCCUGAGUCAUUUAAGGCUUUAUAGGUCAACACCAGCAUUUUGAAUUGGGCCCGGAAACUAACUAACUGGUAGCCAGUGCAGUCGGACCAAGAUCGGUGUAAUAUGCUCAAACCGUCUUGCUCUGGUGAGCAACCUGGCUGCUGAAUUCUGCACCCGCUGAAGUUUCCAAACCAUCUUCAGAGGCAGCCCUAUGUAUAAUGCAUUGCAGUAAUCUAACCUUGAGGUUACCAGAGCACAACAUCGCCAUGGACCCACUUGGGAAAACCUCACCAGGGUUUUUUUAAAUCUAGGCUAUCCUUCAGGGUAGGACCAUUAACAAAGUUAUAAUUCAGUGUAUGGUAGGGCUGGUGAGGAACCUCCACUUGGUGAUCACCUGUACCUGCAAAGCGUUCAGCACAAGAUGCAACAAUCAGCUGAUUGUCAGGUCCUGUCAUGUGACCAAGUGAAGAUGCCUGGGCGUCAGGGAUUGCUCCUGAUGUAUCCACCAUCUGGAGGUGAAUGCCUGAGGAUCCUUGGAUCUUGACCGUUUUCACACACUAGCACUAGUGAGAAAUCUUCUCAAAGCCCACUUGCUUAAUUGUCAUCAAAUGUAUUAUCUUCACCCUAAACAAGAUGCAGUUUUUAUUUUAUCAAGCCUUAUUUCCAGUCCUUUUUAGGAGGAAAGUUCUUUGUGUGUGUCCUGCAUGCAGGAAGUACAAAUAGCAGAAGUUCCUCACAUCAUGUGUUAAGUUGAGCUGUCCUCUUUUGUUUGUUUCUUACUGGGCUUUUAGAAGAUUUUUCACUCUUAAUAAAUCUGAUAGUUCUGGACUAAGGAUCAGACAAAGAAGACAGCUCCCCAUUUGAUCAUUCUGUUCGUUCUCUUUAAAAACAAAAAACAGUAUGUACAUGUCAAGUCAGCAGCUAAUUCCAGAAAGUCGUAAGUAACAUUUUUAUCUUUACACAGGAAGUAAACUACGUUGCUAAUCUGUUUUCUGUAACAAAUCGGAGAGAGGUGCGCCUAUGUUUUUGGCAAUGCCAACUUGAUUAUCUUCAGUAGGAAUUGGCAACAUAGUCCAUUUAAAAACAAAAUCCUUGUUAAGAUUCAUAUUGGCUACACUUCUGUAGAGGCAAAAUCUGAAUGUACUGUAAAGCCAUCCUGUAAAGUGCCACUGAAAUAUAUUUAAAUAUAUUUAAACUGUUUAAGCUUGCUGUCAAUUGCUUAAGUCCCAUGAUACAAGAGCAGGCAUGGCCAAACUUGGCCCUCCAGAUGUUUUGGGAAUCAGCAUGUUUUUACAUGAGUAGAAUAUGUCCUUCUAUUUAAAAUGCAUCUCUGGGUUAUUUGUGGGGCCUGCCUAGUGUUUUUACAUGAGUAGAAUGUGUGUUUUUAUUUAAAAUGCAUCUCUGGGUUAUUUGUGGGGCAUAGGAAUUCGUUUACUUUUAUUUUUAUUUUUAAAAUAUAAACCGGCCCCCCACCAGGUCUGAGCACCGGCUCCCUGCUGAAAAAGUUUGCUGACCCCUGAUAUAAGCAAAUCAGCAUAUGGGAUGACACACCACUUCCUUUAGGUAGUUGGUUUCUGGAAACAAGCUCUUCAGAGAUGGUACAAAGUUCUCUCAGCUGGCUAAACCCUCAUAAGUAGUUGCUCACGGGUAAAGUGUACGUGUGACACAGUGUAUGUCUAUAAUGCAUUGUAAUAUGAGACAAGAAUGCUCUCUGAAUUCAGAGGGCCUGUGGAGAUUUCCACUGGUGAGAGCGGCCACUCCAAAGUUCAUGAGUAUUCUUUCAGAUAUUACACAUGCUCAUGCAAGUAGUCCCAUCCACUGGGGCCAACUGAACCACAUCUGAACCAGAUAGUAAGUCAGAACUGUGAGCCCUCCUGAAAUGCUUUCCUUCUUGGUUCAGAUUGAGCUGGCCCUCUGAAUACUCAAACAUGGAGCAUUAUUUUUAUGGACAGACAGGAGCAUUCGGACAAGCAACCUUAAUGAAUUUUUUUACAUGGUACAGUCACAUCAAGAUUGUACCACCUUGGCUGCAGAGUGGUGGUGGUGGUAGGAAUCACUGAGGAAAUGUGUGCAGUAGAUGAAUAAAAGGGUUGUCCCCUACCUGAAGGCAGGCAAAAGAUCGAAAUAAUGAUCUUCUUACCACAAAAUGGAUUCCAAAAAGCCUGUUCUUUGCAUCUUUACUUCAUUCAUGUACUUUAAAUUUCACACUUGUCCUCCGUUCUGCCCCUAGUUCUAAGUAGGAUGUCAUAUUUUUAAUUAAUAAUGACUCUUUUCUCAAUCCUUUUUGAUUGGAUAUAAUUAUCUUUAAAAAAAGGUAAGGUAAAGGUACCCCUGCCCGUACGGGCCAGUCUUGCCGGACUCUAGGGUUGUGCGCUCAUCUCACUCUAAAGGCCGGGAGCCAGCACUGUCCGAAGACACUUCCGGGUCACGUGGCCAGCGUGACAAGCUGCAUCUGGUGAGCCAGCGCAGCACACGGAACGCCGUUUACCUUCCUGCUGAUAAGCGGUCCCUAUCUAUCUACUUGCACCCGGGGGUGCUUUCGAACUGCUAGGUUGGCAGGCGCUGGGACCGAAUGACGGGAGCACACCCCGCCGCGGGGAUUCGAACCGCCGACCUUUCGAUCGGCAAGUCCUAGGUGCUGAGGCUUUAACCCACAGCGCCACCCGCGUCCCAUAAUUAUCUUUAGCUGUGAUUAAUUGUGUGAGGUGUCCGGAUGGCUCUCAAGGGCCAUAAUAUAAAUGCAAAAGAUAAAAUUAAUGUAUUCUUUGUGGUUUCUGGAGGCACAGUAUAGUUUAAACAUGAUUGCAUUCUAAUUUAUCUAGGGAACACAUUUCUCAUCGUCCACAGCUUGCAAAAAGCUCUUCCCCUUCUUGGGCAUACCAUUCUUUCAGUCAUGUUUGCUAUAUCAUCACGAGACGCUUGAGUGAAUUAAAUUCUUCCUUCUUCUUUUUGCCAUCCAGGAUUUUUCUUGCUAGAAAGCAAAUUUGAUUCCUGGAAAACACCACACACUGCUAACUAAGGGAGGAGAAGUUCUUUGAAGGAAGAGGGAAUAUGCCUUAAUUAUGUUUGGCAAGAAAUAGAGAGAAAAGGCCUCAGUGGAGGCAUCUGUCUAUUAUCUGUGCAUUUCGUUUUCAGAAUACAAAGCCAUUAUCUCAAUGAAAGCAAGCGCCAGGCAGACUGUAUAUCAAUUCUCAUCUUCCUCUCCCCUCAGUGCUUUGGCAAAGUCUAGACUCACAUCUUAGUUAAGUGAGGGGUAGCCAGCAUUUUGCAGGACCCUAACUUUUAUCAGUAGCUAUACUCCAGCAACAUCAGGAGAAUACAAGCAUCCUUGUGAGGUGGCGGAGGAUGGGUGCAGGGACAGUGGUGGCAUCAUAGAGUUGAUAGUGAGGACUAGCUAGCAAAAGCUACUUGGAUUCACCACAGUGGCAGUCCAUCCAGGGUAGUCUCAGGCACACAGCUCAACCCAGAUAAUCAGGACUUUGAAUACACAGUUUCUGUUUGCCUCGAGGGGGGAGUUGUUGCUGCUUUUUUUAAAAAAAGAAAAGCUUUAGGUGUCAGACCAGAUAGCCAAGACGUUAUCAAAUGAAAGAAAAAGUGAGAGACGCUUAGGUUAGGAAUUCCUUUCGUAGUGUCUGUUUUGGAAACUUAUGGUGCCAUAGGAAGCAGCAUAUGUAAUGGUACCCAUCCAUAUAGCAGAGAAGCUGGCCUUUAUUUCAACAUAUAGACCAGCUUUUGAGGGCAUGGGAGGAGAAAUUGAGCUUUUUUUAUCUUUGUUCCUGAGGGGAAAACAAAUCUCUCUUCCCAAGCUGGAAGAUUUGCUUAGGAGAGUGCUACUUCAGGCACACAAAAAAGAGUGCAGUAUGGGGAUUUAGGCUGGAUCAGCUUGGUCAUGUGAUCUGGCAAUCCAGAACGGGAUCCUACAGUAGGAUUUCAAUUUAUGCUGUUUUUACUUAUAUGGCUGCAGCUUUACGCUGAUCACCAAUAAAUGAAUAGAAAGGGGGCUAGAGAACCUUGCAUACCAGGCUCUGAGGGCUCUCGCGAGAUCUUGUGAGGCUGUCCAAGAUCUUAUGGGAUCUCAAGACAGCCUUGUGAGUUCUUCCAGGAUCCUCCAGAACCCUUGCGUAACCGCCCAAAAUCUAGUAAGCAAGGCAGAGGACUUAAAAGCUCUUUCUGUGAAGGGUUACCAGGCAGUGGCAGGCAGGCUUGUGAAAUCUCAGGCAGCGGGUAUGGCAACAGGGGCUGUUCUGACUUGCCCCUGCUGAACGGGGUUUGGAUCUUGCGUAACUUUAUGCCAGCUUCUUGUGCAUAGGAUUGCUCCUUAAUACUGCAGCAAUCGUAUCGGAUCAAUGUAGCUUGCAAAAGGGUCUUAUAAUUUUUGCCUCCAUCCUACCUAAAAGUGGCCAAGGAUGGAUAUAACCAGCAAGAGUUUGAUUGUUCCCUACCAGAAUCUUAGUGCAGGUGCCUUGAUUAACCCGAAACGUUUUUGAGCAGAAAAGAUUUCUCUUGGAACUUAAGGAAUAUUUGCAAACAAAUUUUAAAUUCUUGCUUUGUAUACAAACUAAGACUCGGGGGAAACUUUUUAAAAGUACCAAUUUUGUUUUGCAUGUCAUCUUACCCGUCAGUUGUCUUUGGGUUUGUUUGUUUGUUUGUUUUUUGUUUGUUUGUUUGUCUAUUUACAGUUCCAUGCAUAUUUCCUCAGAAGUAAAUCCUGCAGGGUUUUUCUGGGGUUUACUCCUAGAUAACAUUGCAUAAGAUUGCAGCCUUAGUCACUUAAAAAUAUUUUAGGGCUGUAAACCCAAUAAAUAAUAGUAUGUGAUAAGAAAGGAAGUUGUAGAAAAUUGCUACUGGCAGCUGGGUGUUUUGUUUUGUUUGUUUAAAAAUUAACUCUCUAACAUGGGAAGCUUUUAUGAUUUUCCAUUCUGAGAUAAAUGAAGCUUCAACUAUUUAUGAGCCUAAUUGACUUUCAGAGAAGAUCAGGCCUGAAGCUGGUUGCUGCCAUAUUUCCUCCCCCCGCCCAUAUUUUACUCCUACCUAACCCCCUCCGCACUGGCCCAUGUGUUUCUCUAAGAGCAUAAUUAGGAAUUGUUCCAAAAUAAUGGAACAGGCCCCAGUUCCACUGCUGGAAUUAGUAUCAUGGAAGACCACCAUUGUUAUACUUGAAAGGUCAUGUAGAUUUUCCAGGAAAGAUCCAUCUAUUGUUUAAUAGAUCCUUGAUGGCUUCUGUUCAUGGAUCUUUGCUAGAAAAAAAUUAAGAUUUGCACUUUCAGAGUAAUGUUAUCUUCUCCAUGGAAAGUCUUCCAUGUAGCAUUGCCAUGAAGAAGAAGGAAAGGCUUCAGAAAUGGGGGUCUUGCCUGCCUUAAGCAGGCAUGGUGAACUUUUGUCAGGCAGGCAGCCAUGUUCACUUCUGGGCAACCUGGGGGUCAUGUGACAGUGCUGGGCAGGGUUAGAGACAAAAGUGAGCCCAGCAAUAUUUGUGACAUAUCUGUGGACUACUUUCUACACAUGCAAUGAAUGCAUGAUCAGCAUCUAAGGGCACAUUCUGUCCAGACAAAAGUACCUCAGGAACAUAAGAAGCAGGCCUGGAAAGAGAGAGUGUGGCCUGAGAAGAAUCCCAGAAGCCUGAAGGGCCAAAUUAGAUCCCCGUAGGCCUGAGGCUGCCCACCUGUGGUCUUAGCUGAGACUGAUAUGAGGGGAAGGUAUAGAGAAGGGAGCAAGACUAGGCGGAUAUAUGAGAUCAGGUCUCUCUCAGAUGUUCAGACCAGCGAAUAUGCCCAACCAUGAAACCUUUAAAUGGCUCAAGGUGCCAGAUUUUAGCCAGUUUUGGGGGCCAAACUACACAGUGCAUAAAUUGCAUUACUUACAAGCCACAUCAAGGGGUUUAGGCUGUGUACUUAUCAUACCUUUAAAGCACCCACCCCACCCCCCAAAGAACCCCUCAUAGACAGCAAUAGCAGGGUGCAAGUUGGGAGCUCCUGUUGCCAACUGCAGCGCAGGGGCAGGUCAGAUUUCCGUUAGGAGCAUGACUAAAACUGCCCACAAAGAGGCCCUCAAAUACUGUUUCCUGGGCAGAACUCCCAUUAGAUGUCUGGCUGCCAUUUUCAGCUGCCCUGUGUGGGUUUGAGUCCUUUCAGCUGCUCCAAUAGCUGGCACAGUUGGCGUUCUGUGUCGCAGUUUAAAAGGGAGCAAAAAUAUCCUGAUCUUUUCUUUCUUUUGCACCACCUUUCUGUUGGAAUUGACUUAAAUUUCCAUUAAGUUCUGACUUGGGACCUUGGGAGAGGUGCAGUAGAACCAAGGCUCCUGAGGGGUCAACUGGAGCUUUUUAAUUUCUUCAGCUAAUCCAAGUUUUUUACCUGUCAGCCUUAGUCUGUAUCCUGGAACCAGAACCCAAAUUAAUUAGACGUGUUGGCAUGCUUGAUAAGAAAACAGAGCAUGUAACUCAACGAUCUGCACGUAUUCCCUUUCUCCUGGCCUCCAGUGCAUACUUGUGAAUGACUGUAGCCUGCCAAAUAGUAUAUUUUCAAGGAGCGAAGUGCAAAAAAUAUAUAUACUUGGAGCAAAUAAGCGGUAUGUAAACUGAGUCACUCGUAAAUGCUGUGGAGACCUCCAGUCUUCCUCCACUUUUAACCUGGGUAGCGAACGUGUGGUUGAGCAAAUGUAAAACAAUGUGCCACUUGUUCUCAGGGUUUAGGUUUGUCGGUAUUAUUUACACGAUGCAGAAAGGUUGGUUAUUGGCUUCACUAAGUAUUUCAGUCUGAAAAAUCAUAGUAUCAAAAGCGACAUGAUUUGUUGAAUGCUGCUCAUUUUUAUUUGGAAGUUUUCAGUGGUGUUAAUUUAGCUGGCAUUAUCUAAUUUUUUAAAAUACAUAUAUACUUUUGCCAAGGUUUCUUUCUGCAAAGAAGUUAUGAGCCAGCAAUUCUGACCCAACCCAGGUACCCCUAAAGACAAUGAAAAGCACCUCUUUUACUUUUGUAGCUCUGUGAAAGCACUGCGCUAGCACCAAUGCAUAGCUCUGGAUUGCAGCCAUUAAGCACAUUGAAAAUUUAAGGUGUCACUUCAGGUACAUCUGGAGUAGCGUUCUUAAGUAGUAGAAUUAAGCUGUGAAAAUAUACAAUGAAAUCAAAACUUGAAAUAAUAGCACUUGGGAAAUAAUUUCUAUUUCUCCAAGGUCGCUGCUGAAUAUAUGCAUAUUUUCGUAGCAGAGUUUCUCUUUUAAAAAAAACAAAUGGGAGGGGGAAACAUUUUGCUUUGCACAUCUCGACUAUGAAUUGUCUUCUCUUUAUCUUCCAGAGAUUGAGGCCAAAGAGGCUUGUGAUUGGCUGCGGGCAGCAGGGUUUCCACAAUACGCUCAGCUAUAUGAAGGUAAGCAACAGUGCUGCUUUCUGUGUCAUUGCUCCUCUAAAGUGAUUUAGGCCCAUCUCUUUUAUUUCCAAAUAGGAUAGAUCAGCCUAUCUCUCUCUGCAUCUCUCUAACAUAUUCUCUCCCAACUCCCAUCAGCCCCUGUCAACGGGACCACUAGUCAGGGAUGGUGGGAGUUACAGGCCAAAGCAUUUGUAGGGCACCCAGCUGGGGAAAGGCAGGACAGAUCUUAGGUAGGUAAGUAAGAGGCAGAAUCAGGGAGCUGAAUUCACUGCACAGGUGCACAUAGGUGCAUUUUUUCAGUGCAUCUGACAGAAGUUAAAUCUGUUGGUACUGUGUCCCAACAGAUUUGCAAGAACUCUUCGGCAUCACUUCAUCCCCCCAGCUGUUCGUUAUAACUGCAUAGUGAUAGUUCAUUAUUUAGUGGUGGAAGUUACAGCAGUGCGAAGCAUGUUCUUGAUGAGCGAUUGAGAGAGGCUUUAAUUGGCAACUGCUCUGGCAACCGGUGGCGCUAAUAGCACUUGCAGAGACAACACUUGGCUAUGCUUUUGUUUAUCUGUUUAGCAACUGAGUUUCCUUCUAUUAUGUUAUUCACAUUUGGUACUGACACAGAGCCAAGAAAAGUCCUUUUUAAAAAAAGAAAAUCAGCAUGCAGGAUAGCUCUUGCUAUUGUCCAACUCCUUUGUUCAAAAUCCUAUAUUUGGACAAGUUUGCUUUUCUUGAACACUUUGAUUCCUUUUCUCUGCCAAGGUGCAUAAUCUCUAGGAAGCCUUUCUCUAAUGUAAGGAUGUGCACACAUACUAAACCUCUCGGUUAUUAUUUUCAUAAUUUAAAUAAAUAAAAAGCUCCCCCAUCAAACCUAGUUUCAUGGUUCCAUUGCCACGCAUGGCAUUUCUAGCUAGCUAGCUUGUGGUCGGUCUGAGAGGCUGAUGACUCACCAAGGCAAACAGAGCCCACAAUUCAUGGCUUGUGGCUCCCAAGGUGCCUUGUUUUUGUGGUUCUGGAAGCAUAAACAGGAGGUUUCUUGAGUCCCCCCGAAGGAACCAUAUUUGGCUUGGUGAGUUGGAAGUCAUGCAAGCCUGGCUUAGGACUUCAGUAGAGAGGGCUGAAACUUUUUGUCUGAAUCUACAUGGUCUGGUUAUAAUGAUUUGUGCAUAAAGACAUAAUAUUUUUAUAGGAAUGUUCCUGUAAGCAUUGUCAGUGAUGCAAAAUUGAGAAGGUCCAUUUGGCGGUGCCACAUUUUGGCCUCACACAGGGCGCCGUAUUAUGAAAGAUUACCAAAGUCCGUUUCUAGAUGGAGAACCUCUGUUGGGAUGUUGUUGGACUCCUAUCAUCCCUUGCCAUUUGCCAUGCUGGAUGCAGUUAAUGGGAGUUGGAGUCCAGCAGUCCAGCAGCAUCUGCAGGGCCACAGACUGCCCAUUUUUACACUAUGUCAAUGCUAACUUCCCAUUUAAGAAGAAGAAGAAAUUAUUUUAUCCUGCCCAUCUGGCUGGGUUUCCCCAGCCACUCUGGGUGGCUCCCAACCAAAUAAUAAUAAUAGUAGUAGUAGUAGUAAUAGUAAAGUGAUAAAACAUUAAACAUUUCCCAAAACAAGGCUGCCUUCAUAUGUUUUCUAAAAGUCAGAUAGUUAUUUAUUUCCUUGACAUCUGAUGGACAGGUGCCACUACUGAGAAGGCCCUCUGCCUGAGUCCCUAUAACCUCACUUCUCGCAGUGAAGGAACCACCAGAAGGCCCUCGGCUCUGGAUCUCAGUGUCCGGGCUGAACGAUGGGGUUGGAGACGUUCCUUCAGGUAUACCGGGCAGAGGCCAUUUAGGGCUUUAAAGGUCAGCACCAACACUUUGAAUUGUGCUCAGAAACAUACUGGGAGCCAAUGUAGAUCUUUCAGGACCGGUGUUAAUAUGGUCUCAGCGGUGGGGCACCCACUGAAGGGGCCCUAAAGUCAAAAGAUUGUCCCUUCACAUGAUAGAAAUUAUCAUACCAAUUCUUGGCAUGCAGGAGCCGCAAAAGAUACCUUGAUCUGCAUCAGGUAAAAGUUUACACAAUAGAGAAUUCAUGCUUGUCAAGCAUGGGGCCUGGGGGAAAAGCCCUCCUGAGAUGUCCUACAUAGAACCAUUCGCUGUAGCGGUGGGGAGUUCUGGCUGUGUGAGGAAUGUGGAAUCGACCCAUCUGCCGGUUCAGGAAUCUGUAGAGAGUGGCAAAAAAAUUUGUCUGUUUCAGUUGCAGAGCAGCUGUAGAUUUCCAGACAUCAGCCACUGCUGUUGCUUCCUCCUUGCCGCCCACCCCACCCCAAGUGUUUAUCUAAGACAGGUCUCCACAACUGGGAAAGCAAACACAGCCCACCAGCCGCCUAUUGCAGCCUGCCAGGUGCUUGACAAGCCCCUGUUUCUGCAAUCCCAGACAGGCAGCACAAACAGGAGAGGCUUAUCCAGCCCUCUCGUGGACCACCAGACACGGCAGAUGGGUGGUAGGUCCCCAACGCGCAGGCCUGGCCUGCUGCAUUGUUUUCAGGGAAUGGGAAACAACACGAGGCUCCUAGCAGCUUGUUUCUCCCCUCUGUUCAGUUCAUAACUCUUCAUAACAGAGUGUCAGUGUCAGUUUAUCCAAAGAUAGCUGCUUGGCUACUCUCAAGGCUGUGUUUUAUUUCUCCACAUCAUUGCCUUCCAGUGCUUUUGGAAUCGCUAACCUAUUGCUUAAAUGCAGCGCAUGCCGACUCCUGGAAAGCUUCCUCAAAACGUUAAAUUGUUUGUUUUAAAGUUCAGUAAGGUUUUUCUCCGCUCAUGCAGUUGUGGACUUGGUUUGCUCCUCUGUGCUUUGCUUGCUCUGCCUCCCCCCUUUUCCUUCCUGUGACACAUGGGAAUUUUCAGUUGCCAGUCCUGUGUGUUAAAGGUUCCAUAUGAGAAGCAGGCUCCUGUCACACAUCCAAGGCAGUAUGAAGGGAGAUUUAUCUUGCAGGAGCCAGUCCCUUGCGUCUGAUGUCUUGGAGACAGCCGGUUGCUUUGAAAUAAAUUUUAUCUCUGGGAAUAGCAUUCUUUUUGAUUGCCCAUCCAUCUUGAUUCCUGCAGAUCUGAUAUUUCCCAUUGACAUUUCUUCGGUCAAGAGAGAACAUGACUUUCUGGACAGAGAUGCUAUUGAAGCUUUGUGCAGGUAUGUGGGGGAAAGAUUGCUUCAAAAAAAGGAUACUUUCAAGUGGAAGGGUAGGGUCAGCGCCAGUCUUUUUAUUGUCUGGUUGUCAAUUCGAAAUAUUCUCUGAAAUCCAAAGCAUUUGUUGCUAUAUAUUCAUCAUAAAUGAAUGCUGGGUUCCUGUCAGGGCCAGAUUUAAGUUUGAUGAGGCCCUAAGCUACUGAAGGUAAUGGGGCCCUUUAUAUGUCCAGCUGUCCUUUGUCAACAACAAAUUGUUGCUGUUUUUUGUGUUGAAUAUAUGCUAUACGGUAAUGUAUGGACCUAAUAGGUAUCUAAAGCCAUUUGCACAUGUUGCCAUGCAAUCAGUCCAUGCAGAAUGUAGGCACCUUAUAUAUAGAAAUGAGCAAACUAGUGAUAUUUUAGGGAGCAGGCUAGCAGGCGGGGCCCAUUACUUACAUCAUAGGAGCCUACACAACUCAAUACACUGUUGCUGUAUGUAGGUUUUAUUUUAUUUGUUUUUAUCUUACAUUUUAGAAAUGUACAUCCAGGUUUUUUCCUUUAAUUUUUUUGGGGGGGCCCCAAGAGAGUGGAACCCUAAGCUAUAGCUUGUUUAGCUUAUACGUAAAUUUGGCACUGGUUCCUGUACUUGGAAUACCAUGGGAAGAAACCAUCUUCUUGGAUUCAGCUUCAUGGACAGUCACCACUUCUGCCUCCAGCUAAGAAAUGCAAGACCUGACUCAGAACUACUGCAGGGGCUUGUUUGGGACUUGAACACUGCCACCAUGGACUCAAGGCUAAAUGUGUGUGAUUGCACAACCUCCCUCUGAAUCUCUCUUGCACCCAUUCAGCCUCAAAGCAAUCAAGUUAGGGUGUGCCAUUUUAGGGGGCGAAAGUUAAUUUUUGCAAAGUUCUUCAGCAAGGAGUCUUAAAAACACGUUUUUUGGGGAGUGAGGAUGUAAUGCUAAAUAAUAAAAUCAGCCAUUUUUAACAUGAUACAUAAAUGCAGAUGUGGAUUUUGCAUGGUUGUCAACCCUUAAGAAAAGGAAAUCAUUUUUCUUUCCUUUUUUGGGAGGGCGGGUUGGGGAGAAAUCUAUCUGAAGAAUCCUUUACUCAAGGAAACAACAUUCAGAAGACAUGCUUAUAUUCUGUUUGGUGAAACGAACAGUAUUGACUUCCUAUUGUUACCAUAAUUUGCAAAAUAUGAUUUGCAGGUUAAUCCAAGGGGGUUCAUGUUUGGAAAACUGAUACUGUCAUAGCAUUUUGAAGACUGUGGUUCAGAGCUGUAGCAUUUGUGGUUUAUCUGGUGAUCGCUUGCAAGACAAGAAUAUGUUGGGCUAAGUUUGAAUGUCUCAAGGAUGCAUUCUAAAUUUGUUUUCAGCCAAAGCAACAGAAACAAAAGUGAAAUGGAUUGACUCGGUGUAUGUAGGUCUUAACAUUUUGCAGAAAACCCCCAUCAUAAAUGGAUUUAGGAGUUUUUUUAAAGAAAAAUCAUUUGCCUCUGUUUAAUAAUGUGUUAAAGCUAUGGUUUUCCCAGUAGUGAUAUAUGGAAGUGAGAGCUGGACCAUAAAGAAGGCUGAUCGCCGAAGAACUGAUGCUUUUGAAUUAUGGUGCUGGAGGAGACUCUUGAGAGUCCCAUGGACUGCAAGAAGAUCAAACCUCUCCAUUCUUGUGGAAAUCAGCCCUGAGUGCUCACUGCAAGGACAGAUCGUGAAGCUGAGGCUCCAAUACUUUGGCCACCUCAUGAGAAGAGAAGACUCCCUGGAAAAGACCCUGAUGUUGAGAAAGAUGGAGGGCACAAGGAGAAGGGGACGACAGAGGACGAGAUGGUUGGACAGUGUUCUCGAAGCUACCAGCAUGAGUUUGACCAAACUGCGGGAGGCAGUGGAAGAUAGGAGUGCCUGGCGUGCUCUGGUCCAUGGGGUCAUGAAGAGUCGGACACAACUAAACGACUAAACCACAACAACAACAAUAAUGUGUCUCAUCAGUUGCAAACAGAUUGUAUUUACAAGUCUAACCAAGCACUGACACUCUUCAUUUAGUCAAGUGUGUUACAGGACUUGAUUUUGCUGCUGUAAACUUGAUAGAAUGAAUGCACUUAGAAGGUGCUACACAAGUUAUGCACAGGCAUUUUGCCUUUCCUCAGCUGAAGAAAGGGCAGCAGCAGUAGUGAGUGGCGAGGUCCCAGACUGAGGGCUGGACCAGUAUUUGAUUUGCUGUUUUGGGUGCAGUGUCUUUUAAACUGUGAAACCCGAAGGGAACUGGGUUUGCAGUGUGGCUGAGGAAUGCCAUUGUGUGCACUUUCCCCUUCUGUUAAGUUUGUCUUCUCCAUGAAGUAACAAUGGUAUAAAUACCCCGGCUUGGAUUAGGAAUAAUCAUAUACCUCAGUUUUCACGAUUGCCUCUUCAGGCAUUCUCUUUUCUUUUGUGAUUGUCACUUACCAAGGGACGGUGGGCUCAGGCUGGCAAGCCCUGUCCCCGUUGUCUUGGUCCUCUUUCCUCCCCCCCACCAAAGCUCCCUAGAAGUUUAGGAUAGAGUAAAAUUCUGAAGCAGGGAUCUUCCCCUACUCAUCGGGGGUGCCUGCAUGAUUUAAACACUUGAUUAUGCACGAUUCUAAAUCACUUAACACAACGGCAUGCAAACAACAUGAAUCUUGUGGGUUCUUGUUUUUGUCAGGAUUCCAGAUUUCUUCCUUUUUUCUCUCUAGAAGCCAGCUUCCAGCAAUCAAAGUUGCUGUGGUAUUUUUUAGAUUCUUAGGGUUAGUAGAAGGCAAAGUUGUUGUUUUUUAAGCCACAUGGAUAAAUGUUUUUGUUGUCAGACUACAACCCUGUACCUGCUUCCUUGGGAGUUGACCCCACUGAACUGAGCAGAACUUACUUUGGGUUAAAUAUGUCCAGGAUUGUACUGCUAGGUCCAUUUCAGGGCACACCAGAUUACCCCUUUAAGUGUGCACAGCUGCUAAGCAACAUCCAAAUACCUUGCUCAACCAACAGUUGGUUUCCAUGCACUUAAUAUGUUAGGGAAAAUGAAAAUGUCCUUUAGGCUUCUGAUUGUAAUGCCAGCUCCAGUAUCGUUAUAUUGCUGGUGGUGAUUCCCAAAUAGUAUAGCAUCGAUUUUGAGAUCUUUACACAUAAUGAUGUAGGAAACUGCCUUCCCUUCUUCUGCAUCAGACCAUGGAUCCACCUAGCCCAGUAUUGGUCCAUUGGCCCAUCUAGCCCUACAUGGACUGCUUGUGACUAUCCAGGAUUUCAGGCAGGGAUCACUGUCACACUACUUGGGAGAUACUGGGAAUUAAACCUAGACCUUCUGCGUACAAAUGAGAUAUUCUACUAUUGCACUACCAUCUUCCUCUUAUAUAUGCUGUGUGUGUGUGUGUGUGUGUGUGUGUGUGUAGGUAUAUUCUGAAUCAGGGUUUCCCAAACUUGGGUCUCCAGCUGUUUUUGGACUACAAUUCCCAUCAUCCCUGACCACUGGUCCUGCUACCUAGGGAAGAUGGGAGUUGUAGUCCAAAAACAGCUGGAGACCCAAGUUUGGGAAACCCUGCUCUGAAUGUUCACUCAUUGCAACUCUUAAAACUGGGAUCUUAAAAUUAGGCUUACUAGGUUGUGUCCUUCUUUCAUUUUAAAGGGUUGUUUUGUUUAGCGUUCUGCUUCUUUUCUGUUUGCCUUUCUGCAAAGUGUAUGUUUAAACUUCUGAAGGUACCUCCAAGGAAAUAGUUUUCACCGUCUCUACACUUAUCUAUUUCAGCUGCCUAAGGGUCUUAUUUUGAGGAGCAGGCUACAGAUAAUCUUGGUGAAAUCAAAGCUCUUAUCAGGCCAGCUGGAAAUAUGUUUUCUCUGACAGAUCAAAGUGGUUGGGCUGGUUAAAUGCAACAGGUUGAAACUAGAGAAAACUCCAUGUGGGGACCAGUGUUGUAAAAUGUGCAAAUGUUUAUGUAAAACAAACCUGGAGAUCCAAACUGGGAGAUUCUUUCCCUUUUUCCCUUUUUUCCAUUAUUUUUAAGGAGGAAGGCAUGCGCAAGCCAUCUUAAUGUUGUCCCUUAAUUUCAUUUGAUGUAUCGGAAGCUUAAUUAGUUAUUUUAUAUAAUUUUUGUAAAUUAAAUGGAAACGUGUUUGGGGAUUCCUGGAAGGGAGUCCCUGUGGGACACCUCCUGGGUCUGGAAGCAGACCUUGGUCCUCUGUACUCUCUCCUCCAUUCCUCUCAUGUGGGGAAGAAGUGAAAAACUGAAUCAAGAGAUCCUACAUUUAUUUACCGUAUUUUUUGCCACAUAGGGCGCACCGGCCCAUAGGGCGCACCUAGUUUUUUGGGGGAGAAAUAAAGGGAAAAAAAUUUUCCCCAGGCGCGGGGCUUGGGCGGGGGAAGCCCAAGCUUCCCCCGACCCCAGCCCCCAAAACAGGCUGCUAUCCGCAAGCCGUGGGAGAGCUGUGCUUGCGGAGAGCUGCGCAAAGCCCAAAGCCUGGGGGGCGCUGAGCGAAGUCGUGCACCUCUCCCACGGCUUGCAGAUAGCUUCCUGAAGCGUGGAGAGCAAGAGAGGUCUGUGCGCACCGACCCCUCUCGCUCUCCAGGCUUCAGCGAAAGCCUGCAUUCACCCCAUAGGACGCACACACAUUUCCCCUUCAUUUUUGGAGGAGAAAAAGUGCAUCCUAUAGGGCGAAAAAUACAGUAACUCCAGGUUCCUGCUUGACCAACAUAGCCAACAUUGUACUCUCCAAAUGUUGUUGGACUCCCAUUUCCAUCAGCCCCAGCCAGCAUGGCCAAUGGAUGAUGAGAGGUUUUAGUCCAUCCACAUCUGGAUUGGCUGCCCCUGCUCUAGACCUCUUGAGAUUAAGCCCUCUUGCCCCCAUAUUAUCUCAGUGUAGGAUCUCCUGUUCAUUUUUCUCUCCAGUUGGUGAAGAAUACAUGUGUGACUGAAUGUGGCCUGCCACAGGGCUCCUGUGACAGCAGGUUUCUCUGGUUCGCAAAUGUGCCCAUGGAUCCAAAAAAAGGUUGCCACCCCUACGCUAAACUGUAGUAGUGUUGUGUCCUAGUGGGUAAUGCUGGAAUUGAGCCAGGUCUCAUGUACUUUGACCCCAAAGCAUUGCAUCUCUUGUGGUCAAGUGAAAUGUUUUGGCAAACGGUGUUUAAGGAGAUAACAGAAAUCACAGGGUUAAAGCUGACUGGAAGUCCAGAGGUAGCAUUGUUAUCAAUUUAUGACAGGGUGGAUGGCAUGCAGGCUAUGAAAUACUUGCUCACAAAUUUAUUGACAGCUGCACAAGGUAUUCUAGCUAGGAAGUGGAAGGGGCAAGGUGAAUAUCAAAUGGAAGAAUGGUAUAAAGAGGUGUGAGAGAAAGCUAUUAAGGAUAAAUUAAUGUGUGCUAUCAAGGUAAGAUAAAACAGGGAAUAUGAAGGAGGAAUGAUUUUGAGGAGAGAUUUGUACUAAGAAAACGGAAAGGGGUCAAGCGAUCGCAAAAAGUGCUGAAAUUUUGGAAGGUUAGAUAGUUACGAUGGAGUGGUCUCGAGGGUGGGGUGCACAUUUUUAUUUAUACUUUGUAACUUGUAUUAUUUAAUAAAAAUAAAAAAAUAAAGAAGAACUAGUAUCUUUACUGGUAAGCUUACUUUAAUUAACCACUUGCACUUAAAAUAACAACCCAGCAAUACUUUUUGUUUCAUUUUUGUGUGUCGGUGUAAAAUUAUGAGAAAAAUUGUACAACCUUGAGAGAGAGAGAAGUAAUCUGAUUUUCUUCGUUUUGGGAAUAGAUUAGCAGAGUUCUCCCGGAGCUAUACUGAAAAUAAUUAUAUUACAGACUGAAAAGAACAAUCUAGGCACCUGAUGUGUGGGAAAUUAGUUUUCUUCUUUGAGGCUUUAGCUUAGUAGGUGGGGCAGGGGGGAGGAAAUGAAAACAGAUUCAGCAAGCUGUACCACACAAAGACAUACUGGUAGAAGGAUUCCAUCUGAUCUGGUCAAGAAAAGAGUGAUUUCCCCUCUGCCCCAGGAUUUUGUAUGUACAGUAAUACUGAUGAUAAAUUACAAUUAUUGUUGCCUGUUCCUUUGUUGUUGUAACUUCUGAUCAUUUAAAAUGGGUGUAUUCCCUGGAUAAAUUAGACUUAGAAUCAUAGAACUGUACAGUUGGAAGGGACUACGAGGGUCAUCCAGUCCAGCCCCCUGCAAUGCAGGAAUCUCUUGCCCAAUGUGGGGCUUAACCCACAACCCUGAGAUUAAGAACCUCAUGCUCUUCCUAUCCCAGCUGGACUUGUUCAGAUGUUACACUGAACACUGGUACAAGCUGCCUCAACACAUGUGAGCAAUCCUGCAAACCCUUCCACAUGUUCCAUUCAACGAGUGUGCAAUAUGUGUACCUGUGUACGCAAAUAGUUUGGCUGUUUAUUCAUCCAGUUAUUCACAUUAAACGUGUGUGCAAUCUGCAUACACAAAUCGUUGAGCUGUACAAAUCAACAGGUUACAUUCACACCAACACUUGUAUGUGCAUACAUAGAGGCAAACAACUGGUACUUCGGUUACACAGACUCUACACAUGUUGAGCAUUACCUGUGAAUAAUUGUAUGGCCCAGCUGUUGUAUAAACAUAUUGUACACUUGUUGAAUGUAACAUGUGAACAUUCCUUUUGCCUUAGUUACAGUAGGGACUACAGAGAUCUGGAAAAGACGAGUUUUGAGGAGAGAGCUAGAGGAAAUCAGGGAGGUGGUCACACAGAGGUAUUCUAGAAGGCAGCUGAAUGGAUAAGGCUAAACAGCAGUAGCAAUUUCUCCAUCUCUCCAAGUCCAUUUUGAGCCAGCUUGCACCGUAUUAAGGGGAAAUGGCUGGCAGUUCUCAGAUGUUCUUUUUCAAUUCCGAUGUCUCCUUAAGGCCAUUUGAGCACCGUGCUAGAUGCAGACGGUUUAUUCCAAAAUAUCUUAACUCCUGCUUGCAUGCAUAGAGCGCAGCAUUCCAAGAAAGUUCAGUCCCUGGAAGGGCUUGGUAGUUUUCCAUUAGAAGAACAAGAGCCACACUCCAAUUACCCACAUUUCAUGGCUUCUGGCUGAACAAGCUCUCCUUUAUGGUCCUGACUCAUAAGGAACUGCUUCAGGACAGCUUUUUCUUAUGCAUCUGCAUCCCAACCACUCUACAGAAUCUGGUAUCCACCUGAUGUAACGUGGUGUUAAUUAAACAUAUGUGCUAUUCUGGGGCUCUCCUUUGGGGCAUUUGCAUGUAAAUAAGCGUAGUGACAGCUUCCAAGAUGAUCUUUUAUUUGAAAUAGUUAGUUUCACAGAAUGACAGGUUUACUGUUAAUCUUGUUUUCUUUUUCUUUUUCCCUGCAUAGGCGUUUAAAUACUUUAAACAAAUGUGCAAUGAUGAAGCUGGAGAUCAGUCCACACAGGAAGCGGGUAAGUGCCCUUGAUGAAUCUGUCACAGUACUGUAAAGAAUUGGUUGAUAUUCUGGCUUCCUGUAUUUUUACUUGGAAGUAAGCCCCCAUUGAUGUCAGUGGGUCUUAUUCCCUUGCAGGUGUGCAUGGGAUUCAGUCUGCAGCCCUAAACAUACUUACUGUGUCUGCACCAUUCAACAAAAUGGCAUUUCUUUCCAAGUAUAAGCAUGCAUAGGAUGACAUUGUUCAUUCUCUUCCUUUAUGAUUAUCCAUGUGGCAAACAAAGGCAUCAUUGGUCAGACUGAUAUUCUUUUAACAUCAGACUGUCUGUUUUAAUGGGCGCAGCGUUGUCAGGAUUAAACCUGCCUUUGGAAGCUUCAUGCCUGAUGGUCCUUAUUUUUCAAGAUGGAAUCUGAGUUUUUUCAUCUCCAUCAAAGCUGUUCAUUACAAAAUGGUGGUAAAGAUCUGUUAACUGAUAUCCUGGUACCAAAUCUGUGUGAAUUUUGGCGCUUUUGCAUUGAAUAGAGUUUUUUUAAUAAUAAAAAAACACAGCUGCCAGAGAUGUCAAGUAUGUGAAAUGUCAGCAUUUUGUUUUUCAGUCAUCUUGACAAUAAUCUACAGUUUUAUAAGGCACAUCGCUAUGUUAUAUAGGCUGUUUUUGAUCAGUUGCUUAAAGAUGGCCAAUACAGAUAGACAUCUGCCCCAUGUGGGGCUUGCAGACUGGGCAGAAUGAGUUGGCCUCAGUAUUACAUGAGUUGUUGUUGUUGUUGUUGUUGUUGUUGUUGUUGUUUUAUUUGUAUGUCACCCAUCUGACUGGGUUUCCCCAGCCACUCUGGGUGGCUCCCAGCAGAAUAUUAAAACACGAUAAAACAUUGAACAUUAAAAACUUCCCAAAACAGGGCUGCCUUCAGAUGUCUUCUAAAAAUCAGAUAGUGGUUUAUUUCCUUGACAUCUGAUGGGAGGGCAUUCCACAGGACAGGCACCACCACUGAGAAGGCCCUCUGCCUGUGUAAUCCUCUAUAUGUAGUCUUCUGAAUGCAAUCAUGGGACCAUUCCGAAGUGUCACUGUUUUGAAAAUGUGUUUGUUUACAAAUUUUGUAACGCUUGCUUUUGACUCCCCAAAGUAAGUCCCCAAAGUGGCUGGCAAUAGUAAACCAGUUUUUAAAAUAUCCACAUUUAAAGCAGUAAAGUACAUUGGGUUGGAUUGAGCAAUAUGCCAACACAAGACAUUCUGGCAGAGAUACUGUUCUGCGGACUGUUGUGCAAGAGCAAGAUUUUGCUACACAACUUGAAUUUAGCACAAGCGCAUAUUGUGAUGAUCUUGUGCAAGACUUCAUGUACAUGACCGGGCAACACUCUACAUCGUACAUCUAUUCUGCAUAGCCUCAAUAACUACAUAUAAACCUUCUUUAUACAUUUUUCCAUCUGAAACAUUAACAUACCUACCCAAUCCUAGAAAUAGCAGCAUGAACACCUGAACUUCCUCUGUUCCCAAAUGCCCAGAGGAAUGAAAUUGCCUUAACCAGCGGUUGAAAUCUGGUAUCUGAAAUAGAUUUGAAACAGUUACAUUCCCAUUCAUUUAAGGGGAAAAAUCAGUCUAAACUUUCAAGAGAAUUGAACAUUCCCCAAGAAAAUGGGAGAAAGUAAAUGGAGGUAUGUAACAGAAAUUCCUUUCUUAGCUAUACCCCCUCAUUAGUCCUCCUUGGUCUAUUCUCCCCUACCCCUUAAAAACAGACUCUUAGCUUUGUUUGGUUUUUAUAUUGUGCACCAGUGUGUGAAAGAAAUGCCACAAACAAAAUUAUUAUGACAGUAUAGCAACUAAAUAAGUAAGUUACGCACUGUACGUGCUGUUCCAUGUCAGCAAAAAGUGGAGGAGCCACUUCUGCAGUCUUGAUGCUGCCCUAGCUUUCUAGUUUUAAAAACUUGAAGCGGAUCUUCCACGUUCAAAAUCUCAUUUGAGCACCGCCUGGAAGAUAAUCAGUGCACGCCAUUGUCAUGUUGGGCGUGCAUUAAUGUGCACCCUCAGCUGACUUCUGCUUCUCCCGAGUUCCAUGAAGUCAAAUAUUUAAAAUGCCUGAAGCAACGCCUGAAAAAGCAUCUUCUCGAGGUCCUCAUAUACUGAUGGCUGCUGAGUUGAGGGAAGGAGGCGACAAGAUAUGGUAAGAGGCCGGGAGGCAUCAACCUGCAGCAUUCUCCCACAUGGCCUCAUUAGUCACACUUGAAAGACCUUUAAGAUCAGUAAGGAGUUAAGCUGCUACAAUUCAGAACUGCCUCUUAAUUGCAUUAGGGAAAAUAAACAAGAGAGCAGGGCUUGGAUGGUCCUGCCCUCGCUGGCACCAGUGGAACAUUUUAUGCAUGCCGCACUUUUCCACUGAUCUAAAUGGUAUCUCGUGUAACUUAAUAGAACAUCUACAGGGGCUAGUGGCAGCACAUAGAAACGGAAAGAUUUGUGUAGUUCCUUCUGUUUUGUAAAGCUGUUUUCUUUAAGUUUCAAAUGCAUAACACACACACACAUACACACACACACACAUAUAUAUCUCAGCACCUUGUCAUGGAACACACUGCUCUGUCUUCAAGCACUUUGCUGCUUCUGAAAUUCAUGACUGUUUGUAGGGAAAGGACCACAUUGUUGUGAUACAGCCCCCUAUUCUGUAGGGAUCCCCACCUCCAAGUGGCAGAUUUCAAAAAGUAGGUCUUUCCCCACCUUUUAAAAUCCUAGUGAGGGAAAAUCUAGCCUUUAGGAAGGGUCUUCUACCCAUUAGUCCAUCAGGCCGUUAGUCCAUCUAGCUCAUUGUUGUCUAUGCUGGCUAGAACCAGUUCUAUUGCAGGAUUUCAGACCUGCCUGAAAAUGCCAGGGAUUGAUCCUGGUGUCUUUUACAUACAAAACUUUUGUUUGGGGUGAGGAAAUACCAGGCAUGGCAAAGAUGAACCACCCCCUCACCCUGCUAUUUCUUCGCUCAUAAUCUGCCUCUCUCCCAGCUGCUUUUCCUCCUUUUUCAAAGCAGUUUCAUGUUGAGUAUAGUUUUUAUUUGUUGCAUACAUUGGGUUUCAUUAUUUAUUAUUAGUUAUCAUUUUCACACAAUGCAGAUAACAGUAAAACGCACAAAACCCCAACCCCCCACCCUCCUCAGGAGAUGAGAUUACAUACAGUGGUACCUCAGGAUGCGAACGGGAUCCGUUCCGGAGCCCCGUUCACAUCCUGAAGCGAACGCAACCCACGACUGCGCAUCUGCACGUGCAUGGGUCAUGAUUUGCUGCUUCUGUGCAUGCGCCUGACAUCAUUUUGACCGUCUGUGCAUGCGCAAGCGGCAAAACCCGGAAGUAACGCGUUCUGUUACUUCCAGAUCGCCGCGGAGCGCAACCCGAAAGCGCUCAACCUGAAGCAUAUUCAGGUGUAUGACUGUAUUACCAUGAGGCCAGCAACCCUUACAACAACACAAUUCCAGUCAGUUUUCCAAAUGAGUAAAUAAAUUAUAGCUUGAAAUUACACUAGCCAGAAAAUUUUGUAUAGGCAGACCUCGGAGCGAUUGUGGGUUCAGUUCCAGACCACAGCAAUAAAGCAAGUCGUACAUUUCUUUUGGUUUCCCGGCGCAUAUAAAGUAAUUUUUGCACUAUACUAUUAAGCCAGCUCCCUGCCCCCCCCCCCCGACUGCAGGGGUGGGAGGGGGAAACCCCAGGUCCAGGCCUAGGCAGUUCUACUCCCCAUGGCCAGAAGUGGGGUGGUGGAGGAGGGGGGGAUUUCCUUUCCUGGAAAUGACUGGCAUGCCUGCAUCCACACCCGCAUCCUCAUGAGGAGCACUAUCUGCAAAGCACAAUAAAACGAGGUAUGGCUGUAAUGUGAGGGAGAUUCUGCCAUGUCUUCUUUUGCUGUAAAGGCAGCAACCAUUUUGUGUGUGUUCAGUUGACACGCAACUGCUGAUAUAUGGGUCCUUUUGGACCUGGAAGAGAGCAGAAGGGGGACAUGGGUUGCCUGCAGACAUAAUAAUAAAGCUAUACCCAUCUGUUGCAAGUGCAUCCUUUUGUUCCACACCCCUCAGAAGCUUUAAUUCUUAGAGCCACUUCCGCCCUCCAGAGGAGGUGGGGUUGCGGGCUUCACGCUCCCAUCACACAUGCGGUGGCUAGAGCCCAGCCCCCGUGCGAUUGGGGGAAUCCCUGGGCGCGUCACCCCUGGCCAGCCAAUUGGCUGGCUUCGGGGGGGGUGGCCUGACCUAUUUAAAGGGAGCGCAGCCGGGGAUCUCCCUCUUUUGCCCCUUCCAGCUGAUUUUCUUAUAUCAUGUGGCAAUUGAUGCUUUCUUUAAAAUAAAAUUAAAAAGUCAAUAGGACUCCAUUGUGCACAGUUACAUGUAACAUGCAGCCAACAUCUGAGUUGGGAUAUGAACCCUAGUCUCACAGACAGAGGUUGAUAUUGCAUGCACAACUCUACACUGGCUCUGCUCUUCUAAUGAUCUUCUUGGAUUAUCACACUGACAUGAAACCAGCAUCCACUGGCUUACUAAAAAGAGCAGAAAAUACUAAAGUGUUCACAUCAGUAGGUCAUUGUUAGUUGGGAUAACAUUGAUUUGAAAUGAACUGUAUUGCCAUUGGAAGUAUUUUAUUGCCAUUGUUUUUUGUAAUCAUUGGGGAUGUCCUGUUUCAUUGCAGAGCGAGGAUUCGGAUGAAGAUGAGCCUUGUGCGAUAAGUGGCAAGUGGACCUUCCAGAGGGACAGCAAGAGGUGGUCCAGGCUUGAGGAAUUUGACGUCUUCCCCCCGAAGCAGGAUGUGAAUCCUUCAUGCCCAGAAGCGGCUCAUCUCAGCAGUGCAGCUAGUCAUGGAGGCCUGCUAACUGACCACACCGAACAUCAGGAGGUAGUUUCCAUCCACAGCAUCAGCAGCCACCCAGAUGCCUCUCAGAGCGAAGCGCCCACCACCAGAACCAACUCUGUCAUCAGUGUUGGCUCCUCAGCCAACCUCGUGGCAAAUGAGGACUCCUUCAGCAGCUUGCCCUCUCCUAAAGAGCUGUCAAACUUCAAUUUCAACGUGAAAACUAACGAGAAGAAUGCCAAGUCCAAAACGAGAAGCCUCUUGAAAAGGAUGGAGAGCUUUAAAAUAAAAAGCUCCCAUCAUGGUAAAAGCAAAGCUCCUUCAAAGCUUGGUCUUAUCAUCAGCGGGCCUAUCUUGCAAGAAGGCGUUGAUGAAGAGAAACUGAAGCAGCUGAACUGCGUGGAGAUCUCCACCCUCAAUGGCAACCACAUCAACAUCCCUAUGGUACGUAAAAGAAGCGUCUCCAAUUCCACCCAGACCAGCAGUAGUAGCAGCCAGUCGGAAACAAGCAGUGCCGUCAGCACCCCAAGCCCCAUCACAAGGACACGCAGCCUCAGCGCCUACAAUAAAAGAGUGGGAAUGUACCUGGAAGGCUUUGAUCCUUUCAACCAAUCAACGUUCAACGAUGUCAUGGAGCAGAACUUCAAAAACAGGGAGGGCUUUGCUGAAGACACAGUCUUCUUCAUUCCGGAAGACCACAAGCCUGGGACUUUCCCCAAAGCCCUCUCCAAUGGUAACUUUGCUCCCUCGGAGAACAGCACUUCGGUCAACUGGAGAACGGGGAGCUUCCACGGCCACAGCCACCUCACCCUCAGGAGGGAGAACAGUUCCGACAGCUCCAAAGACCUGAGCCUUGGGAAGAGGCGCAAUUCUUCCAGCUCCAUGUGCAGCCGCCUCAGCAUUUACGACAACGUGCCAGGAUCUAUCCUGUAUUCCAGCACGGGGGACCUGGCAGGCCUUGAGAACGAAGACCUCUUUCCUGAGCUCGAUGACAUCCUGUAUCAUGUCAAAGGCAUGCAGAAAAUUGUGAACCAGUGGUCCGAGAAGUUUUCAGACGAAGGAGACUCUGAUUCAGCCCUAGAUUCAGUGUCCCCAUGCCCUUCGUCUCCCAAGCAGAUCCUCCUCGAUGUGGACAAUGAUAGGACAAUUCCCAGUGAUCUUGACAGUACAGGAAAUUCCUUGAUUGAUACGGAAGACUCAACAGGGAUCCAGGAAAGAAGAGACUCUGGGGUGGGAGCAUCAUUAACACGUUCUAACAGGUCAGUAAACACAGACUUUACAGUGGUACCUUGGUUCUUGAACUUAAUGCAUUCGACUCCCGAAACGGUUCGAAAGCAAGACUUGGCUUCCAAUUCACUGCAGGAGCUUCCUGCACUCAAGCGGAAGCCGCGUAGGAUGUUUGGCUUCCAAAAAACGUUCACAAACCAGAACACUUCCAGGUUUGCAGCAUUCAGGAGCUGUUUUGUUCUGGAUCCAAGCCAAUCGACUACCAAGGUACCACUGUAUAUAUAUUGGUGUAUAUGCAUGCUUGUGUGGCUAUAGAUACAUAUAUAUGUUUGUAUUGAUACAGUGUACAUAGGAAGUGUGAUGCUUUUCAACAGCAUGUUGGCUUUUAUAUUUGAGGAUGGGAUGUAAAGAGGAAUCUUAAUUUUAUUAUGUGUUUAUUUGGCCUGUUAGUCACAUACUACAAGAAGUAUUCAACCAAAAGGCUAAGGAGCCCAAAGGGUGUAGCAUAUAACCAAAACAAGACGUUUCAGUAGAAUCCUUUCCAUAACUCUUAAAACCCAUUUGCAUAAAAACUCCUCAUGGCACUUUUCCGUUAUAAAUCACAAACUGCGAUUUUCACAAAAUGGCAUGCACAAAAGUACCGCAAAUAAAACCAACAACCAAAAAACAUGGCAGAAAGGCACCAGCAAGCUAUAGAAUAAUCGGCAGGAGCAAAACCUGUUUCCCAAAGGCCUGACAAUAAAAACCCCUUUUUACAACAUUCCUUUUUUAAAAAAUGCAGUCCUGUUAUAAUCAUGUUCUGAGUUGAAGAUGCAGUUUUACUCUUGAGCGCUGUAUAUACAAAGAGUGACUAUAGAAUCCUAAAUACAUGUGGUAGUGACUGGAAAAUUCUACAUAGCUCUGUGUCUAGAAACACGUUUUCUGGACUGGUUUAUGGUAAAAAAUAAUAAUACCAAAACAAAAAAAAAGCCCAGUUAGCCCAACUGAGGAGUUCUAGAAAGUGCCCUGUCAAAUACCCACAAGUCAGAACAAGCAUUUUUCCUCUUCUGCGUCAUGGCUUCCUCGAAUGAAUCCUAGGAACUGCAGUUAUUUUAAGGGUUCUAAGAGUUGUUAGAAGACCCCUAUUUCUUACAAAGAGUUACAAUUUCCAGAGCGGUUUGGCAAUCAAUCCCUCUUCCCAGGAAACUCUGGAAAGUGAAGCUCUCUGAGGGGAAUAGAGGCAACAGACUUUGGCAAAUUUAGCCUUGCAAUAUUUUACACACACUGUGCAUGCUGUACUUAAGUUCCAAAUGUCAUCAACAUGUGAGAUCUUGCAAAUGGUACAGCAGGUGCCGGGCUUUCCAUUUACUCUGACUUCUAACCAUUAAAUGUCUCUCUUUCUCCCUCUCCUGAAGGCACAGAAUGAGGUGGCACAGCUUUCAGAGCUCCCAUCGACCCAGCCUAAGCUCAGCACUGCUACAGAUCGACUGCCAGUCUGUGGCACAGAUGAACCUUCUGCAGAAAUAUUCCCUCUUGAAGUUAACUGCCCUCUUGGAGAAAUAUACACCUUCCAAUAAACAUGGCUUCAGCUGGUAAGGAGCUGUAAACAUCUCUGGGAGGCUAGUCAGAACUUACAAACAGUAAAACAUAAAGUGUUCAUUCCUUUCUGCCAAAAACCAGUUGAUUUUUUUUUAGGUGUGCACUGCCUUUGAAAGUUGCUUAGACUUGGGGUUUUGGCAUGGGUGAAUGGGUGAUAGGUAAAAUUGAAAACACCCUCUAAAGUUUAUCUUUAAACUUUGAGUUGGACCAUAUUCAUGUCCAGUUACCCCUUGCCAGAUAAAUGCUUUUGAAAAACCCUGCAUUGCCUAAUCUCUAUUGCUGGUUCUGUAGGAUUCUGAAGCAGUCCAAAGUACAAUAUAAGUUCUGUGGUGUGGUAUUUGGUGUUUUUUUUUUUUUUGUUCCCAAUUCUACAUUUCUACCAUCUGGUCUUUCUCCUCCUUCCUUUCCCUGGGAGUCACAGAGAGUAUUUAAACUCCAGCAUCAAGGCUCCUCCUGUUCAAAGACUGUUAUUAUGGGAGCUGUGCUAAAUACAGAAGUUGUUUGUUCUGAAAGACAGAAAUAAGUAUUGACCAGUUUAUCCCUGCAUGCUUCAGAUUCUCUGCAGAUGUCGUAAUGUGUGUUUCUUUUUUGCAUUCCGCUGCUGUGUGUUGUGACAAAAUGCAAACUAUGCGAGCGCUCGGGUCAAUAGCGCCGUAUGUUAAAACCCCGUGGAAAUACAAAUGGGGGGGUAUUUGCACGGGGAGGAUUAGUCAUUCAUAAACCUAAAAUGCUGUUUACGUAGCUAUAGUGUGAAUUUAGAAUUUUAUGGGUUUUGCCUGCUAUGCUAGUAUUUGCUUUGCGCGCCAACUUGCUUCCUAGCUGAUCUCAAUUUAAAACUCAGAACGGUUUUAUUAAGUGAAAUAGCAGGGCUCUGGAAUUUCUGCGGGUAGAUUUUUCCUACUCGUCAAAACCAAAUGGAAAGGCCUUUUACCAAAGUGGGUGGGUGAAGUGAUAGAGAAGGAAGGUGCCGGGGUGGGGUGGGGGGGAGAAACACGCCUGAAAGGUCAUUUGUUGAACUGAAACUUGUUGCUGGCAAACGCCAGCUUAUUACAUCAGUUUCCUGCUGCGACACAGGCUGGUGGGUGGUGGGACGGGGUUUGAGGGCUUUCUAAAGCGAGUGGUUAACAUACAAAAAGCUCAUUGUUCACAUGUCUAUCUUUCCCUAGAGCCCUAAAGAAGUCAGAUUAUAAAGGGUCAUUGACUGCUAGAUUUGCGUUUGACUCUUACAGGGGUUGACAUGGCCACCCUCAUUCUGCCUGGUACCUUUUAGGCACGGCAGAUUCUGGUACACAAGGUUAACUAAUUAACUGAAAAGAUCCAUCUGCUAAUGGAAGGAUUCGUCUAUUUCGUUGAUACUAUCAGAUUUAUUCUGUAGCUGCACAGUUAAGCAUGUUUGAUGCAGCCAACUUAAAUAAUUUGACAUGGCCAUAUCCCCAAGGAGUUGUCACCUAGUUGGCAUAUAUCAAAUGGUUUUGCAGCAAGCGAUGAGAAAGAUAAGAGCUCCCACCUGCACAGAAGUGUUGUUGCUAAUGCUGAUCUUGCAAACAUUUUGUAAUACUUUUUAUUCCGCCAAUCUGAUGGAUUAUUCCGCCACAUCUUCAUGUGCCUUCUCCACAUAAGAGAGGAAAUUAUAUUAACUGGGAUGCAAAGACGUUGUCUCUGUUGACGUUGGAAUGUUGGCUACAACUUCUUUCCCAACUUGACUCAUGAGUCAGCUGGGGGGUAAAAAUAUAGGAGCGACCUAGGAUUGGAAGAUUAAUCUCCUAAAAGCAUUAAAUUGGUGGGGAUGCAAGAUAAGGGCACAUUUGUUGUUUGUUUGUGGUGACUCUUCCAAUAUGUUACAGUAAAAGAGAAUGAAAAGCCAUUCAAGUUGUUAUUCUAAGUGAAAUAUAACUUUUGUUUUGUUAUAUCUCACUUCCUUCAGCAUUUGGGAUGGGGUGGUAGUUCUGAUCAGUACAUAGGUGGAAGGCAUCCAAGAAUCCUACUUACACAGCCUUGAGCUCCAUGCUAGGGGAAAUGCAGUAUAUAAAAAUGCAAAAAUAAGAGUAAUAAAAUGCAUGUUUAUUUAAGUUUUAAUUUAAUAAAAAGCAGGUGUCUAAAUCAACUAUAUUCUUUGUUUGCCUGUCUGUCUAUAUUCUUUGUUCGCCCAUAAAACCCCUUAAAAUCUGUUAAUGGUUCUUCUCCUUACCUUGUGUCUCUCCCCCCAUUUAACCUAAUGGAAUGUCAACUCAGUGCCACAAUCAAGAUUUCUAUAUUGAUAUUCUCAGUGAGUCAAGUCGAUGUUUUCUGGUGUGCUACUUAUUCGACAGCCCGCAGAUAGAAAUAGAAAUGUGAGAUGUUUUGGAAAGAGACAGCACACUUGGAAGCUUGUUAAUCUUGACCGUAUUCCUUCUCUUCUGCAGGGCUGUGCCAAAGUUUAUGAAAAGGAUCAAAGUUCCAGAUUAUAAAGACCGAAAUGUGUUUGGCGUUCCCCUCACCGUUAAUGUCCAGCGUACAGGACAGCCUCUUCCUCAGAGCAUCCAGCAAGCCAUGCGAUACCUUCGCAACCACUGCCUGGAUCAGGUUAGAUUCCUUGCUCUACUCCUGGUUUCAGGCUGCCUCAUGAUCCCAGAACUUUAUUUUCACAGCUGUUCACAAGUCCUUUUGUCUUCUUGUUUAAGUGAGUCAAACAAAUAGGUUUGGAAUUGGACUAUGAGCUUCAGACUCAAAAACAAUUUCUGCCAUUCUCCUCCAUCCUAUAUCAGUGUAUCCGACAAAAAUAGCUGUGUUGUACUACUUCAGACUCUGGGGGGGGGGGCAGGGGGCAGCGGCAUAUUUGCAUGUUCUUCCACAUGUGGAUCAACUGCUUACCUUUGGAAAGGUUUUGAUGUCCAGGAAAAGCUUGUGUGAUACCUUCUUCCCUGAUUGUUUGACAUGGCAACUAGAAUUCUGGUUUCAGAAUCCUCACGCAUUAUUAACUGCAAGCACAAUAUACCCUCAAAUAAACGUCCCUGUUCUUUUUGUCGCAUAGGUUGGGCUUUUUCGAAAAUCUGGAGUCAAGUCAAGAAUCCAGGCGUUGCGACAGAUGAAUGAGAGCUCAACAGGCAAAAUAAAUUAUGAAGGGCAGUCUGCCUAUGAUGUGGCCGACAUGCUGAAGCAAUAUUUCCGCGAUCUGCCAGAGCCACUCAUAACCAACAAACUUUCAGAGACUUUCCUACAGAUCUACCAAUGUAAGUCCUGGGUUGUUUGUAGUUUCAUUUGUAGCCAUUCUCAAGUAGCCACCUCUCCUUGCAAUGCAGAGCAUGUCCCGUUUGGGACUGAAACGAAGUGCGAGCCCGAGAUUGUAAGCAGCAAUUGUAAGCGACACGAGUUGAGUGCUGCGUUCUGGUGGGUGAGCGAUUUUCGGCACCCCCCCCAAAAAACAACAACAAUUAAACAGCCAAUCGCUGCUUACAAUCUCAGGCUCGCACCAAAAAACCAUUCGCGCGUCCCCUCAGCACUACCCGUGUAUAAGACGAGCCUACAUUGUGAACUUCAUUUUGGGGUCAAAAUUGCUUGUCUUAUACACAGAAAAAUACGGUAUGUAGUAUCAAUGUGCAUAUUAUGAAAAAUUCACAUGCCCCAUGAUGUGAGGGGCAGGCAGAAGUGGCUAUUCCUCAUUUGUUUGCAUAGUGCUGUGAUCAGAUGUAUCUUGUAUCAUCUGUGUUUGCCCAGAGCAGUCUUGCCCAGCCUUGGCUCUUGUCCAUCAUCCCAGCCAGCUUGGCCAAUAGUAAGGAUGGUGGACAUUGUAGUCCCAACAACAAUGUCCUGGUUUGGAUAAGGCAGAUCUAGUGUUCCUCCUGCUUUCCCAGCUUGCCCAUCCUUUCUAAGCCUCCUCUGCUUUCUGCUGCACCCCAGUCUGGUACCAACCAUCUAGGCAGUGUGUGACCUCCAUGCUAUGUAUCCAUCGUUUGUGGAUUGGGGCACUAAUCCCACAUUGGUGUUGAGAAGAGGAAUAAAAUAUGACAUCUCCGACCCGUCUUAAAACACACAAGAACAGGAAAACAUAACCUCAUGACAUCAGCUUGGGCUGAUAUGGGUUAGGUAGUGGGAGCACCUGCCUUCAUAAAUACAAUGAGAAUUCUCUACUACCGGACUCCACCGUCAUCAUCUGAGGCUCUUCUUCAUGUGCCUUCUCCACAUAAGGUCCUGAGGGUGUCAACACGAGAGCAGGCCUUUUCUGCAGUGGCCCCUCAUUGGUGGAAUGCUCUCCCUGGGGAGGUUCAUCUGGCAUUCCUUAUACAUCUUUAGGUGCCAGGCGAAAAUGUCCCUCUUCAACCAGGCCCUUGGCUGAUUAAUAUUCUACAGCCUUUUAAAUGUGUGGGAGGGUGGGGUUAUUGUUUUGUCGUUGAGAGCCAGUAUGAUGUAGUGGUUAAGAGUGGUAGACUCGUAAUCUGGGGAACCGGGUUCACGUCUCCGCUCCUCCACAUGCAGCUGCUGGGUGACCUUGGGCUAGUCACACUUCUCUGAAGUCUCUCAGCCCCACUCGCCUCACAGAGUGCUUGUUGUGGGGGAGGAAGGGAAAGGAGAAUGUUGGCCGCUUUGAGACUCCUUCGGGUAGUGGUAAAGCGGGAUAUCAAAUCCAAACUCUUCUUGUUUCUGUUUUAGCUAUCUAUUUUUGCUAUUACAGUGGUACCUUGGGUUACAUAUGCUUCAGGUUACAUACGCUUCAGGUUACAGACUCCGCUAACCCAGAAAUAGUGCUUCAGUUUAAGAACUUUCCUUCAGGAUGAGAACAGAAAUCGUGCUCUGGCAGCAUGGCAGCAACAGGAGGCCCCAUUAGCUAAAGUGGUGCUUCAGGUUAAGAACAGUUUCAGGUUAAGUACGGACCUCCGGAACGAAUUAAGUACUUAACCCGAGGUACCACUGUAUCUCAUGUUUUUAUCUUGUGAACUGCCCUGAGAUCUUUUGGUGAAGGUAUCUAAAUCUAAUAAAUCAAAUAAAUACUAGCGAACAUUUGGCCCACCCCUUUGCGUCUUGGCUGAUGGUGAGAGGCAAGAGCUACUUGCCUCCAGAUCUCAUCCUUCCCUGAAUUUUUGUGUUCCUUUCUUCCAUGUACGCAACUCCCCCAAGCGGAGCACACUCCACAAUUUGAGACCACUUCCAUGAGUCCCUUGAGUGGCUUUUGGAUAUUUUUCAACCCCUGGUGCAUCAAAACAAAUCAAGAUCUCUUACUAUUUUGUCAGUCGUCGUCUCCGCCGCCACUGGCCGUAUUUUUCAUUUUUUUAAAAAGGACAUUUGCUAUUGAAAGUAUUUGUUGUGCUCUGUAGCCAUGGAUCUGUGCAAUGGUAUGUGUCGGUACAUUAGGGAUGACUCCCCACCCAGUCUUCACUGACUACAUCAUUGUUCGAUGAAGCAAUCCUCUCUGCUUAUUGAAGUACCGUCUGGAUAUUUUGUGGUGCCAAAGUUGGGAACCGUUUUUAAGGGCUAUUUGUUUUAAUUGCCUCCCCAGUUGAGGAGCGUGUUUCACUGGUGUGUAUGGAUUUUUGCUGGAGUCCAGGUUGGCUGAGCUUAGUGUUUGCAUUUUCGUCGCCACCCAUGUUAAUAAAUCGAAGGAGGGCCUCCCCCCCAAUCUAAUUUAACAGCCCUUUUAGCGAGUCUGCAGAAGUGUGUGGCUCUCAAAAUGAAAUUCUAAAUUUAACUCUGGAAUAUGCACAGCUUUGUUUUACUGUUGAGUCUCUUGCUAGGCAGGAAAUACCUGAGGGCAGUUAAGCUGUUGACUAAAAAAAAAAAGUGGGGGGGGAGGGAAAUCCAGUCUUGUGCCAUGAAUGGUAUGCAGCGCUCUGAAGGAAAUCGCUUCAGACUCGAGUCAGAAAUAUUUGAAGCUAAGAGUUUGCUUUGGGACGCAUUCGUGCUAUAUGUGUGGAAAAUCAAUGACUUGACGAGAGGGUUGCUAAUCUUGUGCAGAUGUGCCAAAGGACCAGCAUCUCCAGGCGAUCAAGGCAGCCAUUAUGCUUCUACCAGAUGAGAACAGAGAAGUCCUACAGAUCCUCCUAUACUUUUUGAGUGACGUCACGGCCGCUGUGAAGGAAAACCAGAUGACGCCGACAAACCUGGCUGUGUGCUUAGCGCCUUCGCUUUUCCACUUGAACACCCUCAAGAGGGAAAAUUCUUCCCCAAGGCAAGUCUCCAGGUAGCUCAGUCCUCUGUUCCUUCCUGGCGUCCUCGCUGGUGGUUUGUUGGGCACUUAAAUAAGCCUUUCCUUAAGACACUUUGAACUCUUUCCCCCUUUUUUAAAAAAUCAGUCUACCUUUGGGCUAGUGCAAAUUCUUCCCACUGAGCAGUGGAAACAGGUUGAGGGGACUUUUAAGGGAAAGGUGCUACUGAUUAUGCCUGUGAUGAUCACGCAAGGCAUUUUUUAAAAUUCUGCAUUCAACAUGAUGAUGAACACGUGUGCUAAAUUCAUCUGGCCAUUCCAUUACAUGGUUGAAAAUGAAGAUCACGUUUAGACCUAGAGCGCAAGAUUUAUUAUCAGCGUUCAGGUGUUGUCCCUAGCUUUUUCAUUUCAUAUUACUUCAUUCACACAGGAAAGCACACCUUGGCGCUCCCAAUAUAGUCCUGACAACUUUUCUUUCAUCACAACUAAUUAAUGGUGAUUGCGUUAACAGGGUGAUGCAGAGGAAACAGAGUCUGGGGAAACCCGAUCAGAAAGAUUUAAAUGAGAAUUUGGCUGCAACGCAAGGUCUGGGCCACAUGAUUGCAGAGUGUAAGAAGCUGUUUCAGGUAAAUAUUCCACUAUACACGUCUUCCUUGGGUCUUUUAAUAUCAUGCAAUAUGCUAAAUUGCAUUGUCUAGUUAUUGACCUGAUAAGACUGGCAACCAGUCUUAUAGUGAGUCAUCGUGUCUGUAGUUUUGAACCUUCCAACCAUUUUAUCCUUCUUGUUCCCAUACCCUCAGAUCCCUGAAGAAAUGAGUAGAUGUCGGAAUUCCUAUACGGAGCAAGAUCUUCGGCCUCUGAGCUUGGAGGAACUAGGCAAAACUAAUAACUCUGAGCCUGCUGACUACCGUUUUUACAUCCAGGACUGUAUGGAUGAUUUGCUUAAGGAGAUUAAGGAUAAAUUUAAAGGCUGGGUCAACUGUUCCACCUCGGAGCAAGCAGAGCUUGCCUACAAGAAGGUAUAUUAGCACAACUCCAGGACUGUUGUUAAAUCUCGAUGCAUUUCACAUAGAAAGUGAAAUCACAGAGAGAGUACAUUUGGAAAGGGGGGAAAUAAUGACUGCCUUAAACUUGGCAAACUUCAAAUAAUAUUCCCACUCACUAGGGCUUCUCCCAAAAGUGAGAAAGAUGGAACAAACUGAUCUGAUCUGAAAUCAUUUUGCAGAGCUGAUUGCCAGCAAAACGUUAAGCUUGAGCCAAUGAUGAAAUCAUCCAAAGUUAUUAACAUUUCAGGGAAGGUCAAACCAAUGUAGCAUUUUAUGGGCGAAAAUGAUAUGUGGACUGAGGGGCAGUAUAGAAUUUAAGGCCUUUGCCAAGCAGAAAAUUCAGGUCUGGUUUAUACAUGGAGUCAGAAGCCUCCAGUUGACUGCAGCAGAGAUAUUCCAGCUCUCCUCCAGAACUGCCACCAUGGUCUACUCGCUUGCCCUCUAGCAGCAGUCCUGCUGGCAGGAUCAGUAAAGACAAGGGAACUACAGCCAAAGGAAGAUAGCUGCUACAAUCAUCAAAGGGCUUCUGACCACACCAUUUCUUAUGUGGCCCAUGGGUUGCACUUAGGAUCUGUUCACCCCCUGCAAUUCUUUAACAGUGCAGUCCUAAGCAUGUCUAUUCAGAAGUAAGUCUUUUUGUACACAGUGGGGCUUAUUUCCAGCUAAUUGGAAUUUCAGCCUCAAGAGACUGAACUCAGUGGAUCACUUCAGAAUAAGUGCUUUGAGGACAAAUUCCCACAGAUACUAUGCACCAGACAUAACUUAGACAUUUGCACAGUAACUAAGGUAAAGGGAUCCCUGACCAUGAGGUCCAUUCGUGACCGACUUGGGGGUUGUGGCACUCAUCUCGCUUUAUUGGCCGAGGGAGCCAGUGUACAGCUUCCGGGUCAUGUGGCCAGCAUGACUAAGCCGCUUCUGGCGAACCAGAGCAGCACAUGGAAAUGCCAUUUACCUUCCCGCCAGAGCAGUACCUAUUUAUCUACUUGCACUUUGACGUGCUUUUGAACUGCUAGGUGGGCAGGAGCAGGGACCGAGCAAUGGGAGCUCAUCCCGUCGCGGGGAUUCGAACCACCAACCUUCUGAUCCGCAAGCCCUGGGCUCUGUGGUUUAACCCACAGCGCCACCCGCGUCCCUUGGGCAGUAACUACUAUAUAUUAAAAAGAGGCUUGAUCCCUUUCUUUGUUUUCAACUUGGCUCAGUUUUGAAUUUACACUUUCAAAAUUAAUCAGGCUUAAAGGGCUACCUUGUUGAGCAUAGUUAACUGUGUAAGCAUAUAUAGCUACCUAUGGUGACAAUGUUUUCCAGGUUUCCGAGGGUCCACCUCUCCGGUUAUGGAAAUCCACGGUUGAAAUCCCUGCAGUUCCUGAAGAGAUCUUGAACCGUUUACUUAAAGAACAGCAUCUUUGGGAUGAAGAUCUUCUGGAUGCUAAAGUGAUUGAGACUUUGGACAGCCAGACUGACAUAUACCAGUAUGUACAGAACAGCCUGGCACCCCACCCAGCCAGAGACUAUGUCGUCCUAAGGUAAUCUUGCAGAUUUCAUCCCUGGCAGAUUUAUGAAGGACAGAGCCUGCAAAACCCUUUUAUCAAUACAGCUAGCUUAAAAUGUAGAUAUAUUGAUUCAUCUACUGAUUUGUUUAUUUUUUAAAUGCCUCCACUACCUGAAAUGUAUGAAGCCUACAUUUAAGCAAGCUCUUCAUUUAAAAAGAAAUAGGUCAGUCCGCUAUGUUAAAAUUAAUGGUUGCUGGCUGAUACAUACAAACUUGUUUUCUACAGGGUAGAUUUAUAUGUACUAGUAGCAAGAAUGUUACAGCCUACUUUUUUUUUUUUACUGCCAAUGAGAUUUUUAAUUUAAAUUAUUUGGAGACAUUCAGAUUUUUAAGCUUUGACAACUUGCAUUUCUGAAUGUUUAUUUGUUUUUAACGUCCUCUUGGAUUUACUUGUUCUGUAAGUUACGUUGUAAAGGCUAUUGGCGGCAAACAAUAAAAACCUGGCUAGCUGGCAUCUACGCAGUCUUUUGUUAUAAAGCUGUUCUUGUUCCUAACAGGACUUGGAGGACAAAUUUAUCUAAAGGCGCUUGUGCACUUUUAAGCUCCUCGGUGGACCAUGACCGUGCUGCAGUCCUUGGCGUAAGAGUGAAUGUGCUCUUGUCCAGGUAUCUCAUUGAACCUUCUGGAUCAGGAAAAUCCAAACUCACCUAUAUGUGCAGAACUGAUUUAAGGUAAGCCUUUUUCCUUCACUUUUUCCUCUUCCGUUGUUUUAACCUCCAAACCCUGUUAGAAGAAUUAACUGCCGUAUGGCCCAGAAUCAGCUGUGUUGUCUUUCCCCUUCCCCAUUUGUAUAGUGCAGAAGAGACGGUGAUUGGUUUUAUUGAUUAUUUUAAAUGGCCAACUUCACAAACGAUUCACACAAGAACUCCUUGCAAUCCCACCGCAGAGAUGUGCAACGUGUUCAAAAGCAAUUCCUCUUGGAAGUCUGGUCCCUCCAUCACAAAUUCCACCCCCCGCUUGUGGAUUUGGGGUGCUUUCGUUUGCACUUCCAUUUAUUUUGUUUGCAGUUGGUGUGCAUAUUUAUGUGAAUGCAUACCUUGCUCAUAAUUGCACAUUGCAUGCGAUGUGGAAUCUCAAAUCAUUAACAGAACAAGAAUGUGGUUGUCUCAGGUCCAUUGCCAGCUUAAUGGUAAGACACCUUCGCUGCAUGCAGAAGGUUCCAGGUGGGCAUCUCCAGGGAAGGCAGGGAACGCCCCCAGUCUGAAAUCCUGGAGAGCGCCUGCCAAUCACUGUAGACAUUAGGCAGUUAGAUGGACCAAUGGCAGCUUCCACAGUUCCCUAUCCCUUCUCCCCAGCAACUGAAUACUUGUUCCAGGGAUUCCUGUUCCAUCUCUUGUUUCUUCCAAGUUACAUCUGCUAUGACCAGCUUCAAGCAUGCAUUUUCUUUCUUGGAAACAGGGGCCACAAACCUGACUGGUACACAAAGGCGUUUGGACACUUGUGUGCAGCCGAAGUCAUUAAGAUCAGAGACUCUUUCAGUAAUCAGAACCUGGAGACGAAAGAAGCAAAGUCCAGGUGACGACUGAAGCAGACCAACGUGGCCGCAACGUGAAUAGAUACUUCCAGGAACUGUUGAUUGUUACAGAACGGGCCACAGGGUGGCUUAAUAAGUCUUGCCAUGAAGAAAGUGUGUCUGGAAUGGGCCCGGGAUUCUCACUUCCAACGUCUGUGGCAAACAGUACAUUUUCAAAGCUGCUUCCUAUCGGUAUUAGGCCUAUACUGUAGGCCUUGACUGGAAUAUAUUGGAUGGUGCAACCUUUUUCUUUCUUUUUUUCUAAUAAUACUAUACUAUGUUGCUUAGACAGUGUGAAUUGCUUCUGAGAAGCAAAACCCUUCAGACUUUAAAUAUAUAUUUCUGGAUUGUAGUGGAAAUGAUUCUUUCCUAUAUAAUGUUAGGUUUGUUGUAUGUAUCUGUGUGCCAUUUGUUGAGGGACUGUUGCAUCCACUGGAUUUGUUGGCACUCAUCCAUGGGGUCUCGCUAAAGCAAGUGAAGGAAGGUUUGCACAGAGGCAGAGGUGUGAAUGUGUAAUUGUUGAGCGGAGUUGUAGAAAACAAGAGUAGGGGAAUUGGAAGUGUCUGGGACACUCAAGAGCAUUUGGGAAGAUUUUAAUCUGUGAGGGGGAGGUAGGCCUAGGAGUUUUUUGUCUGUCCAACAGACCAUCGCAAGCUAGUCUUUGCUCAUGUGUACUGUUAUUACUUGUGUAUAUCAGAAAAGGAAAAUGGAGGAGCUGCCCCAAACAUGGCAAGGAAAGCUGAAGCUCAACACUUGCAAAUGAAGAUAGCGGAAACGAAUAAUAUGAAUGCCUGAUGCAUUUCAACAUGUGUCUUUUGCAUCACCUUGGGUUGUAUUCCAUCAUGCAAGGACUUCUGUUUGCACGACAGAACUUUGCCUUCCUCUUUUCUCCCUGCACAACCCCCCAAAUCUGCUCCAGAGAGUUGGGGAAAACCCCAGAACAGAUUUGGAGUGUGUAUGGGGAGGGGAGAAAAAGGGGGUCCAUUGCACUAGCAGAAAUCCUUCAUGAAUGGAACAAUUUUGUUGGAUACCAACCCAAUCCUCCUAAAGAUGAGUUUCCUGUUUUAAAGUUCUCAGAACCUUUUCACCUGCGUUACACCCAGGUAAAUCUGAGUCUACAAAGAGUGUGUGUGAAACCUGGAGUUGUGGUUGUUGACAGCUUCCUCAAAAGUGCACCUGCAGAAGACCUGUAUUUGCCAUGCUCAUGUUUUAUAUUGGGGUUCUUCAAGCUUGGGGUCCCAAAGUUGAACUGUAACUCCUAUCAUUCCCUGCCAGCCAAGCCACCAAUCAAGAGAGGAGAGGAGUUGUAAUUCUGACAACAUCUGGGGACCCAAGCUUGAAGAACACUGCUUUCCAUUUGCAGGUGCACUCACUUAGAAGCCUCUUGGGCACAUAUUUCAAAAAACGAAAUGCGUGUGAAGCUGACAUCACCCAUAUUUCUACUUCUCUGGUGGAGAAUGUCUUGAGUUAAGGUCCUUGAAAAAGAUAUACGUUGAAAGGUAUUGGGUAUUUUUUUACUUUCAAGCGCAAAGUUUUCUCCACAGCCACCUUCCUGCACAAGUACCUGUUGAAAGUAUUGGCUGUGGUCUUUUAACAAUCCUCUUUUUUGAAUGAAUCUCAUAGGAAUGAACGGAAAGCUUGUGGCAUGAGCUGAAACUGCUUUCAGUGGCUUGAAAAGUCAGCACUGGAAUACGUCAUAACUGGAGCAUUCUCAAGUUCUAAAGCGAUUCAUUGUAAUAGAAUACCGUGUUAGGAGUUGGAAAGUCUUCAUAUAUUCCACUCCACUAUAACCAUAUAACCUCAUUUUAUCCACUUAGUUUGAAGGGAGGGGACCUCUAAAACGUUCAGAGGUUUGGAUAAGAAAGGGUACUGUGGGUAUCGGAUUAUGUGGUGUAAUGUAAAGGACUGCAGGUUAGGAUAAACAGGAGAGUCAGAGUGAUGAGGCCUACCAUGCUUCAGGUCAGCCACCUUUACAAGAAACCUAGACCUAUAAACUCUAAACAUCCUCUUUGGGGGAAGCAAGAUAGCCAUAAUAAAAGAGUAACGAUACCUAGGAAAGAUGUGUAUAGAAUUGUGCUGUUAUUUUGCCUUCCUUAGAAGCUGUAGAUGCAAUUGUCUGGUGCUGAGGUCAUGUUUGCGGGCUUCUCUUAGGCAUCUGGUUGGCCGCUGUGAGAACAGGAUUCUGGACUAGAUAAGCCAUUGGCCUGAUCCAGGCAGCUUCUUAUGUUCAGAUACAGUUCAAUGCAUUCUAAGGGGUUGGGUUAAAUGACCCUUUGGAUCCAUUCCAACUCUUCCAUUCAAUAAUCUUGUGUUUCUGUGAAUGUGGAAUAUGAAAUACAGUAUCCCCCAAAGCAGGGCUUGGACCCUUGCUAGGACUAUUGCCUUCUUCCUACCAAAACCCAAUCUAGAGUCCCAUGUAGGUCGCAGGUUCGAUCCCCAUAUGGAACAGCUGCCUAUUCCUGCAUUGUAGUGGGUUGGACAAGAUGAUCCUCAGGGUCCCUUCCAACUCUACAAUUCUCUGAUUCCAUGUAAGGGUUGUUCUUUGAUGUAGAAAUGCAGUAUUAGCACAGAGAUGUGCUGAACUAAUGUAAGGUGAGAUUGGGGGGGGUGUAGAUUGGAAAGUGAUUUUUUUCAAAGCAAGGACUUUUUAUGCAGUCAUCCAUAAUAUCUCUACACUCGGACUCUGCCCCUGGAACCCAGCCUUUUAGCCCUCCCUGCAAAAGCUAGAACAGGCUGCUCACGCACACACAGGUGAGUCUUACAAAAGAUGGAGUGACCUGCUGGACAGUUGGUUCCAUUUUGCUCACCCUCUCAACCUAGAAAAGCCCUUGUGACCUUGUGGUUGCCUUCUUUCACCAUCCCAGGGCAGUGAUGCAGCUGGAAGCAGCCCAUUGUUACCAUUGACAGUGUUAUAUUAUUAUUUUUUACUUUUUUUAAGGGGUUGUGUGAUGAAGAAUUAUGGUGUGUUGGUGGAUUGUGUCUGGUUCCUAGCAAUCGCCUACGUCCACAUGAUUGGCCCAUUUUUAUUUCAUAGUGUUUUAUGUCACUGUGUCUCUCGUUUGCUUCUCUCCGUUCAUGUUCUGUUCUUUGCAAGUUGCAGUAGGACAUGCAUGCAAAGUUCAGGUGAGGAACAAUGAGAGAGAGAGAAGAUUUGCAGUGAGGGACACCCGGCAGGCUGGGGAACUUCUUUGUGUGUUGAUCUGCUUGCAGAAUUUCAGGGAGAAGUUUCCAGGGACAACAGUCCUUGUGAUAUCUGUGCAGAAAUCAUGAAGAACGUAGCAGGGAUUUUAGUAACUCUCUUGAUGUGGUUUGCGUCUCUGUACCAAACCCAGAGGUUAAACCCUUUGCCCUUGCAAGGAAUACUGCCAAGGAUCAAAUAUGGAUUGGAACCAACUGUUUCAGAUGUGACCUGAGGGAUAAAGCUGUUCUAGAUCAGUAGUCUUCAACUUUUCAGACCCAGGACUAGCUUUUAACCCAAACAUGCAUGUGGAGACCCAUUGCUCUCUCUUUUUUUAGCAUAUAUUUGGAUGGUGUUAGUGCUACUAUUGCAACCCACUAUAGACCAGGCCACUACCAAGUAAAGAAUCCCAACCCACCAGUUGAAGACGACUGUUCUAGAUCAUGCCUUUAACCCUUAACCUGGGUGGGGGAACCCAAAAAGUUUCUUAGGUAGUAAAUCCAGUUGAGAGAUUACUGCCAUGUAUGUGUGCUAAGGAUUGCACCAGUAGCAUAUCUCACCAAUAGGGAAGCCUUGUGUAUUCUUUGUAUACUUUUUAAAUGUUCAAAUGUGUGUGUAAAAAAAAUAAAAGUAUGUUGUACAUACCAGUCUGUUGUAAACAUGUACACUUGCUCACAGUUUAUUGUCCAACAUAGAUAAAGCAUGAAAAUAAUUAUUUAAAAUAUAGUUGUAUUUAUACCUCAGAUAUUCUUUUGAGGGGCAGGGUAUUUGUACCUCAAGUUGGCUACCCUCCCCCCUCCCCUGUAAAUACGUUCUAUACGAUUAAGGUCUAAGUAAAAGAAGAAAAGGUUUAUAACUUGCUAUUAUAUGUCUGUACAGAAUAUAAUCAAUAAAUGCACUAUUAAAUGUUCA